CGACAACGGGAUCCCGUGCCGCUACCGUCGCCGAUCGACGUCGCUCGCUCGUUCGCUCGGCCGCUCGCUAACCGCUGCGCGGUCCCUCGUCUCGUCCGCACACUCGAAUACUUAUUGUAUUAUUAUAAUAUUCCCUCGUGUUCUCUCGUAAUAUACGUUUCGCUACUUAAGUAUUGCACUUCCGCGGUAUUACGAUAAUAUUAUAUCGUGUUCGACUAGGUCCAUCUCUACACAGUACCUAUACGCCUCGCGCAGUUUCCGAGAUUUUUCAGAGACGACGACGCCGCGAUUAAAUUCCAGCAGUCGACGCAAUUUCAUAUUUUCGAGAUUUAUCCGACAAUAUAGUUUCCGGUCCCGUCGCGUCACCAGAAGACAUUACAUCGCGAACCGUGGACACCGGCUGACACAACACGGCGGAAGAAAAUCCAGCAAAAAUUAAACCGUUUUUGAACAAGGGUAAGUCGCCACUGCGCACAGAUACUGCCACUUACUCGUCGCCGACAUUGGCGUGAUAAUUUUGAACGGGAAUAGACGCAGUACUGGGUAAUAAUAACGAAUAAAUUGCAGAUUCUUUUGUUGAGAAUUUAAAAGUCCUGUCGAAAAAAAGUAAAUUUGUAGUAAAUAAAUCUGACUUAUUUUCUAGUAAUUCGCUUAAAAUUACUAAAUGAACACUCAUAGUUGUCGUGUUUUUAAGUCGAUGAGAGAUAUAGCCCCUAACGUCCCUUCUUGCACACGCCACUGAACACUGGUUAAUUUGAAUUACAUAAAAUCACGAACGACUGGUAGGUUUAUAUCAUUGCAGGUUAAAUACUGUAUAUGUCAUAGUAAUCAUGCGAAUCUAUGUAUAUAGAUUCAAAAUGAUUAUUUUUUACGGUUUUAGUAUAUAUUUUUUUUCAAUAUUUGAUGUUUAAAUCACACUGCGUAUUAUAAAUAGUGGCGGACUUUUGACUAAUAUUUAAAUUUCAACGAUCCUUCCGAUAGAAUUACACAAAUAUUGUUGAAAACUUUAGACUGUUAAGCUAUAGGUACCCGUGUAAACAGGUAGUAUUUUUUUUUAUAUACAGGUACAUCGUGUGUUUUAUAAUUAUAUUAACCGAUAUCAACUGCAAUUAUACAGAUUUCAAGCAUUGUACCUAUAAACUUAAUUAAAAUCGAUUUAAAUACAAAACUAUAUGCAAUUUUGAAUUUUUAUUUUAUAUAUAGUACCUGUCUAGGUACUAUACAUAAAAAAUAAUAUUCGAGUAUAAUUUAAAGCACGACGUCCAUCAAUUAUUAUAUAAUUUUAGUUAAAAAGGAAGUGGCCGUAUACAAUAGAUUAAUUUAAUUUUAUAUUUUUCAUUUUAGUCUCAUUAAAAAAAAAAAAAAAAAAAAAAAACAAAAAAUUGUAACAAUGAUAACAUUUUUUUUUUUUAGUUAUAAUAAUUUCCACAUUCUAUUAUUAUAUUUUUCCAUACGUAUAAUAUCAUAAUAAUUGAAACAGUAGAAGUUAAUUUUAUAUUUAAUUAAAUAUGGGAUAUUAUUCUAAAUUAUAAUAAAUUGUAAUAUAAUAAUAAUUAAUCAGUAUAAUAAUAGAGUAAAUUAAUGUCAACAUCGUGACAUUGUCUCGGAAGAUUUUUUUAUUGUCACCAUCAUAUUAUAGUCUUGAGAUGUGACGUACAAUAUAAAUUGUCAUUUUUGAAUUAACACAUUACGUCCAAUUAAACAAUACGAGUGUACAUAUUACAAUGGAUAUUAAACGAGUUUAAAUUAUUAAAUUUCUUUGAUACUGUCUGUGUAAUAUAAAUUCAUUUUUAUUGAAGACAUGUUCGUAAAAUAUUCAUGUUGCCUAAUAAUAUAAUGAUAAUUUAAUUUGAUAAAUAUUAGUUACCUAACUACCUACCAACUCCUACAGGGUACCGAAAAUUCAUUAAUUUAUAGUAUUUAAAACUUUAUUAUUUAGUUUAAAUAACGGACGAGUAUAUACCCCGCAGAUGCGCGGAUCACUAUAAUUUCAUAACGUUUAACCGAAAUUUGGUUUAAACUUAUUGCGUUAUAGUAUACUUUUUAAUCGAAUUUGCAACUCGAUCUCGGCCACGUAUAUAUAUAAUAAUGUUAUAAAAACCGUUUUAUAAAUAUUGAAUAUUAUAUUUUAGUAAACUUUAUUAAAUAAAACUGUGUGUAUAUAUAUAUAUAGGUAAGUUUACAUUUUAGAAAAUAAACAUUCUAUAUAAUUGUUUUUAAUUUUAAUGUCCUAAUAGCAUUACGAAAAUUAUACAAUUCAAUUUAUAUAGUAAUAAUUUGACACUUUAUAAAAAUUUGACUUUGUAUUAAUUUUUGUUUUGUUAAAACUCUAUUGGGUUUACUCGUACACCUAAUGUUUAAAGUAAUACACUAUAAUAUAUUAUAAUAAAGUGUUUAUUCGAAUUAUUAAAGGUCUAUAUUUUCUAUGACAAAUAAAAUAUAUUUUGUAUUUGUAAUUCGUAAAUCGAAUACCAAUAUUAUUGUUAUUAUGAUUAAAUUAAAAAUAAAAUCCUUCCAAAUUGUAGAAAUAAGCGAUAUCGUAUAAAUCAAAUAUCAAGAGCUAAAUGUAUAUGUACACGUUAAGAUGGUACCUAUGUAUUUAUUACGUAUUAAUAUAUUUAAAAAAAAAAAAAAACGAUUUUUGUGAUUUAGGCACUUUAUAAUCACAAUACGUUUACAACUACUGCGAUAUAAUAAUUCACGAGUGGCCGAAGCUUAUUAUUAUUAUUGUUUAACGGAAUUUAUAAGAAAGACUCCGGCGUCAACUAAUCGCAGUGUGCGCAGAGAGAAUAUUAUGCGAAUUAUGUGACAGGAAUACCGAUUGAAAUUUCGUGGCGAAAAAAAUCGCAAUCGCCAUUGUGCGAUCCGUGUGUUUUGAUGUGUUCAAAUAAACGGAUCAAAGGAAAAAAAAAAAAGAAGAACGUUGUGAACACAUAAUAAAAUAACAAUACGGGCUUUAUAUGCGUCUGGUGGCCGUGGUACAAAUCGACACUGUACAAAUUGACACCUCCGGUUCGAAAAUACCUAUACGGAAUGAUAUAUUUAUAUAUAUCGACUAUCGUCGUUAUUACGGCGACAAUAAUUUACUUUUACCCCUUCUGUCUUUAGCAUUAACGACGGUCGGUGGUGAGCAGCGACUUGUACACGACAAUCACGUACGGCUCAGUAACAGACACUGCGACAAACAUUUGUGUCGGAUGUGUGUAUACACCGGGUAUAAAUUGUCCUUCCACACCGUAUACCCAGCCACCAAUAUAACAAUGUAUUAUUAUAGUGGUUGACUCUCCUCGACGAAUGAAAUCUAGUGUUAAAAUGACGUUUUAUUUUUUACCCUUGAUGUAUAGAAACGUUCUGGAAAACUCAAUUAUUAUUAUAUAUAUAUAUAUACAUAGGUAACAAAAGACACGCAUCCCUGGACCGUUUUCGCGUAUUUCGUUUUAGACAUUGAACUUUAGUUGUCCUUGUUGACCUUGAGUUUCACCACGAAUACCUACUUAUAAUUUAUACACAUUUAGAUUUCACUAGGUUUUUCCGUUUUAAUAAAAUACUUUACAAAACGUGGUUUGUUAAAAAUCGAUUAUCGAAUUAACGAAAGUCCCCGAGUUUCAAUUGCAACAUUUUGUUUUUCAAUACAACAAUAUCGCUGUAAGUUCUAUGAUUUGAAUAUCACAGACCCUAUAUUAUAACGGAUCUAAAUACACAUUUUACCGUAAUACACCAUUAAUACCACUUCAGUCAUGAUUUUAGAAGUUCCCACAAAUUAAUUAAAUUCACCUCGCCUAUGUAGGUGAGUUUUAUAUUAAAUGGUGCCCGAUGCCAGCGCGUUUUUUAGCUCCGUCUAACGGGAAAAACUUUCUUGCCCCGUAGAAUAUGGUCCUAUCUUGACCAUUAUUUUUUUCGCUAGAAAGAUGAAAAUUUCACACGGUUCGGCUUGAAUUCCGUUUUUCAGUAUUUUAAUCUCAAAUUGUAUAGGGUUAUUAAUUUUAUGAGUUUUUUUUGACUACAUUUUUUUUUUAAAAUCAUUAUUCGAAUCAAAUACAAAUCCAGAGUUCAACGCGUGCUAUAGAAUUUUAUUGUUUAUCAGUCAAUAAUAAUAAUAAAUAAAAAAAAAUAUUUAAUUGACAAUAAUAAUAUUUGUUCCCAAUAUCGUCGUAAAGUCAUGUGCAGCGGUUAAGUUCUUCCCUCUAAAUGUAUAUCAGGUAUAGUAUAGAUUGUAGUGGAAAAGUCUUAUCAUUAAGGCGGCCAUUCUCUCUUCUCUCGCAAUGACACAAUAAUUCUUUUAGAGUUUUUGCCACCAUUACGCUGUAAUAUGUAUUUCGUCACCUAUCAUCUCUACCUUAAACUGCGUAUCUUCAGUUUUCAACCCCCAGGUUUUCGAGGCGGUGAUUAAAAUAUUAAAAAUAGUUUUCAAAUUUUACAAAAUUGAAAUAAAACGUGGAAAACCGACACCGUAAUUGUAUGCGUAUAUCUAAUGGACAAUCAAUUAAAAGAUUUCAAUGAUUUAUCACAUGAAUUAGUUUAACUAUAUGAAAAUGAACGUGUAGGUAGAUAGGACAGUGCGUCAGUAAUAUAAUAAUGUUAUAGGUAAUUCAAAACGUAUGCUGCAGAUUCACUAUACAUGUAUAUUGUAUAUAUAUAUAUAUAUAUAUAUACAUAUGUACGAGCAUAUACUCGGUUCCGGUUAAUAUACGUGUAGGAAGCACCAGUUGAGUGUGCAAUUGCAUAUACAACAGCAUAUUCUGCAAAAUAGAUGUCUUUUAAUUAAUUUAACGGAGUCGGUGUAGGCUAUAUUAUGUAUGUAUACUAAUUUAAACGGGCAAUAACAACGGAAGGACGCGGACGGUAUUAUAUACAUAUACACGACGAAGUGUACCCUUUUAAUUUCAAUUAGGUCCUAGUCGGCUUAAGUAUUAUAACUUAUGGGCAGGAGGAUGAUCCGGGAAAGGAAUAGGGAGGGGACGGCGGAGGUGGUUGUAAAAGCGGAAUUUAGAGAGGGGAAGGCGCAUUGUAUUCGUAUAUUAUAAUAUAAUAAUAAUUGUAAUAUACGGGUGACGGGUUUCUAUAUUAUUAGGUCCCAUAUAUUACAAAUAACAAUAAUUAACACUAUACACGAGCCCUGUGCUGCACAGUAUAUAUAUAUAUAUAUAUAUAUACUAUAGUGUACAUUGGUUAAUUAGUGCACAUAUAUAAGGGAAACGAUAAUAUUAUAACUACAGACGUAUAUAUACGUAAAUUGGCUAAAUUAAUUUAAAUGGAUCCGUCCUAAUUAAGCGACAAAUAAUAAUAAAUCGACACACGCAGCACGUCGAAUUUUUUUUAUUAUUUUUUUUUUUUUUUUGUUUUGUUUUAUUAUUGGAAUUUGAUUUAUAGCUAUAAUAGCCUCGAAGGACGAUCGCGACCGCGGCCAAGUAGGACGGUCAUUAUCAUGAUGAUGCCGCGUGCAGUGUUCGCAAUAAUGAACGAAUAAUAUUCGCGAGACCAAUAUUGGCAAAACAUUAAAAAGUUGUUCGCCUGUAACACAUUAUUGUUAAUUGAUGACGGGGAAACCGGUUCUGUAUAUCACUAUAUAGACAAACGGCCAUAAUAAUAUACAAUAACGAUGCGAAUAAAUAAUAUUAUAGUCGCGUGUACAUCUUUGGUCCCAAGGAAGAAGGGCUUAAAUGAAUAUUUGGGUUUUUUUUUUUUUAACUAUGCAAUUUAUUUACGAUUACCUUUUGGUCUUAAUUCUUUAAAUCACGUUAUAAUUAUAUGUGACAUAAGCCGUUUACAACGACUGCAUACAUAUAGGUUAUAGGCCGUUGAGCAUUUUCCAGAAAUUAUUAUUUACUUGUAUUGAACACUAUACGCGAUUGACUUAAGCCUAACUUUCCCAGAACUAACAAAAUAAUAACAUGAUAUUAUUAGAGAACGUAGAAUCAUUGUUAUUAUAAUUGUGUUUUUUUUUUUAAAUAAAUUUAUAAUUUUUAAACGUUUUAUAUGUUGAAUUUACGAGGACAACAUGUAAAAAUUAUAUAGUAACUAUAGUAUACGGUUGUUAAACGAGAAUAUUGACGUACAUAUUUUAAACGAGAACAAAACACGCAGAAAGACGUAAUCGUACGUAUACGUACAAGUGGAUGCGGUCAUUCAAUAUUCAAUUAAUUUCAAUUAACAGCAUUGUAUGCAGAUACGCGUUGUUAUGGACUUCUACAUUAUACGAAUAUAAAAUACAAAAUAUCGCGUGUUAUUAUUGCUUAUUAAUACAGUUACGAGAGUAUAUUAUUAUCACAACGAUUGAAAUCAAUAAUAAUAAAAAAAAAAAGUCAAUACUGCUCACGGGUCGGUCAUUUAUUAUAGGUGGGUAGUAGAAAGAAUAGGAUACACAGAGUAAUUUUACUUAGAUACUAUGCAAUAGUAAAUCAAUGUGAAAAUCAAACGAUUUUGUGAGGAGUAAUAGUUAUGUUUUCGUGUUUUUCCAUUGUUGCCAUGAGCAGCCAAAAAAGAAUACAAAGAAAAAAAAGACACCAAGAGGUAAACUACUGAAAAUGUCGAUAAAUAUUUCAAAUAAAAUACCACUGGGCAAAAAUUCGAUAUCUUUUAAGGUACUGCGUGAACAAAUUGGAGCAUUUGUCAAUCAAAGAACGUGUUUGAAAAAAAAAAAAAUGUUAAAAUAGUAUUAGGAUAUAAGAGGAAUUAUUAAAAUAAAGUAUCGUCCGAAAAAAACCUGCAUUAUUUAACGUACAACAUGAAAAAAACUGAGCAUUUUUAUUGAUUUUUAAGUAUUUUCUAAGAAAAUAAAACAUACCUCGAUAAAACUAAUAGAUUCUUCGCUAUUCACUGAAUCUAAAAAAGCGCAUUACACCUACUUUUGAUAUAAAAUAUGUAGUGAAAAAAUAUUAGGUUUCAUUUUAUUUAUUUAUUUUUUUUGUAAUCACCGCUGGUUUAUAGAAUCAACCGUUUAUUGGCAAUUAGGUACUUUCGUGAAAUUCAAUCCCGUUAAUACAACGUUGUUAAACUGCUCUUCUUUUUUCAUAUAUAGAUAAUAUAUAUUAUAUUAAAAAAAAAACAAAACAAUUGAAUAAUAAAAUCAAAACAAUAUCUACUAACGUUAUAAUCUGAACCGUAAAACUACGUAAAAAUACAACCAUCGCCUCACUUAUAUAAUUUUAUUUAACACUACACUUAACAAAAUAAUAAUAUUAUGAUGAUCUAACUUCAUGCCAUCCGUCAAAAAAAUUUGCUUUUAUAGUACAAUAACUAAAUUACCAUACAUCCGCUAGGGAGGGAAUGUAUUAUCAAGCCACCGGCCCAAGAUUAUAACAAUUUCAUACCUAAAUCAUAAAUAAAUUGAAUUAAAAACUAGUAUGAUUUUACGUAGUCUAUCGAGAUUUUACCAAUAAUAGUGGUGCGAAAUAUGUUUGAAUUUUAGACUUGGAGGGUAAGAGGGAUCUAUUGGUUUUACUAUGAUGAGUAGUUUCUUUCUGUCUGUAAACAACUUUUCGAUAAGAAAACUUAAUUUUUAUUUGGUAGAUGUUUUGAGGAUACAAUUGUUAGACUAAACAGAAAUGCUUGAAAAUUUAAUAAGAGGUUAAAUAGAAGUAGUAUUUAAUGGCCAAAAAAAAAAUUGAGUAGAUAAGGUAGUGUUUUUUUUUAUAAGUGUUUGAAUUUCCAAUUUUGGAGAUAUUAUGGUCUUUCAAAACAUGUAUAACCGAAAUUUGCUCCUAAUCGUUUUUCGUUGGCAAUGGUUUAUUUAUCGUUGUUAAGAUAUGGAAUUAAAUAACUUUACGUAUUUUACCAUUCUAACUUCUCACCUACAACAAUAGUACAGUAUCAGCUUUUUUCUUUAGUUAGUUUUAGGGACAGAGGUAUUUUAAUUGUUUGUAGGUUUUAUUAAUUUAUUUAUUACUCAUUCUUACUUAAUAUUGAAUAACAGUAUAUAUUUAUUUGCAUGAUAAAUAUAUUUUUUUUUAUGAAGUUUUUGGCAAUGUAAUUGGUAAAUAUAUAGAAAAUAGGUAAUAAUAUUAUUGUUUUCAUAUUUUACAGGAGCAGCUGGCGGAAUGUUCUGCUAUCAUUGCCCAGCGCCCCCAUUACACCCUACACCAGCAACUCGAAUUCCGUCAAUCGACUACCCGUUUUCGUCGUCUCAUCCGUGUAAGUAUUAUACUAUCACAAGCACUAUAAAUUAGGUAAAUAGAUCAUUUUUGUAUACAUUUCAAUUUAAUUGAUUGUGAUAAUAAUUACCAAUUAUUAAUUGUCUUUAAAUUACAAAGUCGUAAAAUUAUACAAAAUAAAAGCUCUACAACUGUUACAUAUAAACUUUUUAUAAUAUAAGUGGGUAAUUAGUAAUAGAUAUUUUAGAUAUAUCUUAUUUUAAUGUUUAAGGUGUUUGCCCGUGCACAGUACCUAUUAAACGUAAAAAAAUAAAAAUGUGUAUCCCCGUUUCUACUUCCGUCCCUAACAAAAUUAACCAUUGUUGUCUAGUAACUAAUUUGUUUUUUAAAGAUAUUUAUUUGCCCAUGGCAUCCAAGUUAACUGAUAGCUUGGUUUCAUCAGUGUUGCAAAGGUAACCCAAAACAAAAAAAAAUCUUAAUUUUCAUUCUAAAAACACUAAAAUACCGUGUUGAUCGGUUGGUCUACACCAGUUUUGGGUUUAAAUUUCUGAUAUCCCGCUUCGAAAUGCAGCAAAUGGACCCUUUUAUCAGCAUGCAUAUGUGCAUUUUCAGACCUUUGUGUUUGAUAGAUUCAUAUGUACAUAGUGCACAAGCUAACAAACAGACAUAUCGAUAUUAUUCCUUUAAUUAACAUAAAUUAUGUCAUUUAAUUUUCAAACAUAAAGAUUUUCCUUAAUUACUAUCAAUUUUAUCUUCAGUUUCUAAAACGUUUCCUUUUUAAUUGUAUUUAUUACGAUUCUGUUGGUACUGUUGGUACAAGCAAUAACGAAUUUGCUGCGUUAAAAUAGCGGUAAUAAAUUAAGGUUUAACAACGUAUAAUAUUAUAUAUUUUAAAGAAAACUUGAACAUAAUCUUUUUGCAUCCAAAAAAUAAUCUACAAACGCGACCGCGUAACCCGGUAUAAUUUAAUUCCGGAAAUGAAAAUUUUUCCAUGAAUAAUGAGUCCGGAUUAUCCUCCAUUACUGGUAUACGCAAUAAUAAUAAUAACAAGCCUUAAUUCGUUGGUUUGAAAGUUUUCUGGGGCUCAAAGAUCCGCGACGUGGUUAAAAAUUUAAGUUUCAAUUUCCGAAAGCUUGUUUUCAUGGUGCUCGAGUUCAGUAAAAGUUCCGCGCUAUUGUUGUUGGUCGGGUUUUUUGUAUUAUACGCGAAUAAAAUAUGGGAAAAUAAAAGCUAUAGGUAUAUUGAUAAACUUUGUAUUAUGCGCGUGCACCCCGGAAGAGUUCAACGUUGUGACUGGUAAUGUCAUAAUUCUAUUUAAGCCGAUUACCGGAGGAGAGGACGGGUGGUUUUAAAGCCGAUCUUAUUGUUCUUGAAAAAAAAUAUAACUCCCAUUUUACAGAAAAAAAAUCCCAAAAACCUACAGUGCUUUUAAAAUAAUAUAAAAAUGCGUCGCGCUUGCGAUUUAAAAAAGAAAAUAUAUAUAUAUAUAUAUAUAUAUAUAUAAAACCACGGUAACCCGAUAUAGUGUAUGUGUGUGUGUAUUUUCAAAAGUUAUUAUAUUUCUUUAGUCCCUCGGGGACACAAGGCCGGUCGUUGGCUGCUGUGCAUAAUGGACCGCAGUGCUUGGGUAAUUGGCGCCCAUCUGUCUAAUGGUCGAACAAUUUGUAUUUAAGCAUUGGCCCCGUCCGAUUCGAUUAUAUUGGUAUUUCGGGUGUACUGACGAAGUGUAACGUGAUUAAUCAAUGAUAUGCGUUGAGGUCGUAUCGAAAAAGGGGAAACGUCCUACUGGAACACAUAAUAUAAUAUAUAUGAAUAUAAUGUGAAAAAUAAGAUUACGUAUUAUUAUUAUAUAUACUGUAGUUCUCGAGUGUUUAUGUAGUUACAUACCGACAAAGGGUCAGAAAUUAGGGGGUCUUCUGUACACUUUGAUCGUGGAACCUCGCGGGCUAUAAAUAUUGAUGACAAUUACAUUUUUGCACAGCUCUCGGUAAAUUAUAAACGCGUGAAUUGUAUAUUACGUAUACAUAUCAUAUAAUAUAUGUACGUAUCACGGGACGCGCGCAAAAAAAUAUACUUAACAGAUUAUAUUAUGGUGUAUGAUAAAAGCAUCUCUCCUACUAUACUAUUAUAGGACUUAAUAAUAUUAUAUAUAAGUGAAUAAAGGUUAUAUUUAUUAAUACUUAUUAGUUUUAGAUUCUAAGAGAAGCGAGAAAUGUAUUGAUUUUAAUAUGAUGUUUUUUUUUUUUUUGUCUGUUAUUAACUUUUCUAUGAGAAAUCUUGCUUCAAUCAAAAACUUUAUAGAAAUUUCCCUAUCGCAUUUUAGAUCUAGUUGGUGUACCGAGGAGGUCAUUUUCGAUUUCCUUUUCCUUAAUAGCGAUUUUGAUAUAAUUUUGGUUAAUUUCUGGGUUACCUUGACAACUAUGGGAAAAAUACGACUUCUAAUACUCUGCUCAGAAUCAUUUUUCGUUUACGAUAAUUUAUCUCAAUUGAAUAUCUCUAAUAUACACUCUCCCUUCCAAUAUCCCUUCUAAAAUAGUGGCGUACCCAUCGGCAGUAUCGGCUUUUUAAACUUAAGCUUUUAAUUAGUUGUUAACAAUUAUAAUACACACCAAGAUAAGGAAAUAUAUCAUUUAUAAUAAAAAUAUUAUUUCAAAUAGGUAUAGUAUGUAUUAUUUUGUUUAAGAAAUAAGAAAUUGUAAUAAAGUUUGAUAAUAUAUUUUCUAGAAAAAAAAGCUUGGGUAAAUAUUGAAUAUUUAUGAAGAACACAUUUAAAUAUAAUUUUUUUAUAUAUAUAUAUAUAUAUGAAGAUAUAUAUUUACAACACUAAAAUAAUAUAGAUAAAUGAUGAUAUUGUUAUAAAGUGUAGAUUAUAAUAACCACAAUAUGUAUAUGCAUACAUAUUGCGGUUCUACAGUGUAAUAAUAUAAUUUGUUGAUCGUAAAAUGUUUAACAUUAUAAUACAUGGCCCUUUAAAGUGUAAGUUCCAAACUUGUAUAAAAGCUUGAUUAGAUGAUGUUAUAAUAUAUUGUCUAAAACUUUACGGUAGCGCAGAUAUAUUUGAUUAUACCUAAGGAUGUACGCCGGCAUCAUGUACCCCCGGUAAUCCCAAUAUUUACCUACUAUAAUAAUAUAUCCACCACUUUGCCAAAAAACCAUUACGGCUCAUUACGCCGGUGCCAGACCGAGCUGUGUAUGAAUAUUUCAAAGGCGCAGCUAACGAAAAUUUCCAUAAUACAAUCCUGAAGGAAACCCACCGUUCCUCGCCCCGCUACCCUCGAACCAUAAUUAGGUUCAUUCCUCCUUAAUUAAAUUCCGGAUAGAAUCCGUCCCGAAGCCCCUCGAGACUGUUCGGCCCUGCUCGGCGUCUUGUUCCAUGAUUCACUUAGGAGUUAAACGUUGUUAGGCGACGAUAGCUUUUACUGGGAUAUACCAUCGUCCCGGUCCCUUUUGUAGUUCCUCUCCCCAUACCCUGUUUAUACUCACCUACUCUAGUUUUAUCCGGAUAAGACGGACCUUUAACUACAUUUUCAGUUUUACACCAUCAGUCACGUAUAUAUUAUAUAUAGUGAGCAAAGUAGGUAGGUUCAUUGAUUUACUGUGUAUACCUAACGAAUGUUUUCACGAGCCCUCGCUAUUUACAAAUUACAAAAUAAUAAAUAACAUUAUCGUAUUGCCGUCCAUUUCCACCUUUUGUAUAAAAUGAUUAUAAAUUCAAUUAUACUUUAAUUAUACAAAAUUACUAUAGUUAACAAAUUGUUUAAAUGGAUUAAGGACACCUACUAACUAUAGAGCAAGCAUAUUGUUAAUUUCAAUAUAGAUUCACUAAAUCACAAUUCUGACAUUCGAUUGGGAAGCUAUACAGUUUAUUUUUAAUUUUAACUAAAAUUAAUUACAACAUAUUUUAACAAUGUGUUUUAGAAUCGGAGUGUAGCAAGGGGUCUAUUGGUUUAACUAUGAUGUAUGUUAUUUUUUUGUCUGUAAAUAACUUUUCUUCCAGAAAUCUUUCUUCGGUGUAUAAAAUGUAGCAUCUUUAAUGAAAGGAAAUUUUAUCUAGUUAGUAAAUUAGAGAGAUAAUUUUUUAAUUUUCCAAGGAUUUUUCAAAAUAAUUAGGAAAAACCAGAAACAAAAUUUGGGUAAAACGGGAAAUAUUUACGGCGUGCCGUGGGGCAUUAUUGAAUUCAUUGUUUAUGAUUUUUGAAAAUUAUGUUUUCUUCCAGAAAUAUUGCUCCAAUAUAAAAAAAGAUACCUCUUGUGUUGCUUUUUGAUCUAGAUGCUAACAAAGAAAGUCAUUUUUGAUUUAAUAGUAAUUUUGAUUUUUUGAUAAAAUCGGAAAAAGACGAAAAAGACGAAAAAUGAAAAACAAACAUAUUAAAAAUUAAUAAAUUUACGGCAUUACGAUUUUAUUAUUUAAAAAUAUUACACUCUAUGUUUUCUACCAAAUAUAUUGCUCAAAUAUAAACAAGAGACCUUUUUUGUUGUAUUUUUAAUAUAGUUGGUAUAUGGAAGAAGUCAUUUUCCCUAUAGUUCUUUUAAUAACUGAACAAAACCGAAAAAAAAAAAACAUAUAAAGAACGGGAAUAUUUACAAAAAUAAUGCUUUUAUUAUUUUUAGUUUUAUUUUUUGUAAUAAUUCAAUUAAAAAUAUUCAUAGAGACUUAACAUUUUGACAAAAAAUUAUGUUUACUUUAUAUAUGUGUGGAAAAUUUUGAAAAUGUUUUAGCCAUUUAUGAAUUUUUAUAGACGCUAUAAUUUGGCUAGUUUAUUUAUAAAAAUUUUAUUUGUUAGGUAGGUAUUCUGUGGAUAAAAUUAUUACACUAAACAGAAAUGCUUGACAAUUUAAAAAAAGGUUUAUUAUAAGUCGUAUUUAAAAAAAAUAUGAAGAAUUUAAAUAAUAUUGGACAAUAAAAAUUGGACCUUUGUCCUUUGUAUAGUUAAUUUUAGAAGAUGAAGCCUAUUAUAACUAAAUGCAUUCUUCGAAACUAUGACUAAUGGCUGUAUCAUAUAAGUUACGUUAUUAUUAAUUAAACCUAUGAUUUUAUUCUGUUCUAGAUACUAGUUAUUCGUAUCAUCCUGCAAUUCACGAUGAUUCAUUUGUUAGACGCAAACAAAGGAGGAAUCGAACUACUUUUACUCUACAACAGGUAUAUUAUAACAUUAAGACAUUUUCUGAAAUUAAGUAAGAUGAUAUUUUAAUAAAAACAUAUAAUUUUUAUAUCGAUAAAUAGAAAUAUACAAUAUGAAAAUUAUAUUAUUUUAAAUUUUACUCUAAUAGAAAAAUAUCAUAUUUACGUGUAGGUAUAAAAUAAAUACAAAAUAACAUAUUUUAAUAAAAUUAUAAAAUUUCAUAACGUAUGAGAUACAAUUCUAAAAAAUUGGAUUCAAUCAAAGUAUAUAAUUAAUAUAAUUAUUAAAAAUAAAUAUUACAUACACGGUAUAGGCUCUACCGUGUCACAUAAACAUUUUUAAAUUUUAGUAAUUAUAAUAUAUAGGUAUAUUUUGUAUUAAAUACGAUUACAUAAUAUAAUAUCAACUCGUUAAAUUAUAUGUUUUAAAUGUUAAUACUGUUUUAUAUUGUAAUACCAAUUCACUAACUAUAUGAAAAUAAAAUGUUUUUCGAUUUGAUUUAGCUCGAAGAAUUGGAAACCGCAUUUGCUCAGACUCACUAUCCAGAUGUAUUUACUAGAGAAGAUUUAGCAGCUAAGAUUCAAUUAACUGAAGCUCGAGUUCAGGUAUAUCAAAUCAUAUAAAAUCACACAUUUCGCCCCAUAUGGACAUAAUAUCUACUCACUUUUAUUUAGCACUUAGAAAUUUAGACUGUUUGGUCAGUAUCAACGAUGGUUUAAUUUUAGAGACAACAAAAUUAAUUUCUUCUUUUUGGUUGUAUUUUAUUUCAAGAAUAUCAUUAUAUUAUUAUCGUAAAAUGUAUUAUUUUAAAAACUUUUAUUGAAGGCGAUAAAAUAAUGGGUAAAAAUAUAUUGUAUAUCAAUAUAUUGUAAAUCAUUUUGUAUAUGUGUAUAAUUAAUAAACACCAAUAAAUUUUAAUUAUUUUGUUGAUAUACCGUAGUUACGCCUUUGUGGCAUUUAAUUCGAUACGAAGGCGAACAUAAUAUCAUUCCCUUUAUUUUUACGCAAACAUUUCAAACAUCGCGGCCAUAAUAAGUAAGACGGUGCGGUUGCCGUGGCAACGUGUCGGCUUUGGCCGCCAUUGAAUACACUUAAGGGGUUAACUUAAUAAAAUCACUGAUGUAAUAAAUAAUAUGACCAACUUUUAAACCUUUAUUUUUUUUUUUAUAUAUACAAUUAUAUAAUUUGCGAAAGAGUACAUCAAUCUAUCAUGAAGGCUAAAAACUUAGCUCCUCAAUUAAAUAAUAAUAUACACUUUUUCAUUAAAAACGUAUUUGGCACGUCGUGACGACCACAAAUGAUCGAUGGAAAAUUCGAUUUCCAAGCUAUAAUCGUAUUUAAACUUUUAUACUGGGACUAAAAUAAAAACAAAAACAUAUAUAAUAUUAUUUCGCAUGACAAAAGGCUAAAUCUAAAUGCAACGAAAUGUAAGAAAAUGUGAAUAAUACGCUCAAAGUAUACCUGUUUAUUGUUUAAGAAAUAAUUAUUGUUUAUUCAAUUUUCUUUGGUAUAAUAUACGAGUCUCAACUUUCAAAUAUUCUUCAUCGUACCAAUAAUGGUUAAAAAAAACUCACCAAACUAACUUAUCGUAAUCAAUAAGAUAAAUUUAAUCAACUAUACUUACUAUAUUUACCUAAACUUCUCCGGAAAAAUAAAUCCAGAUAUUAUUUUGAAUCUUUCUUGAAGUGAAUAUUUUUUAAAAAAGUAUAAAACACUGACAAAAUUAUUCUGAAUUUAUCUACUAAUCUCUACUAACGUCUAACCAUUUAUUUUUCUAUGAUCUAUGACCAUUUUAAAAAAUAUGUAACCACUCAGAAAUGUAUUAUUAUUAUUUUAAAAUUUGUUAACGUUACUGACAAUAUGAUGUACACUAUUUAUAAUAUAGUUCAUAUAUGUUUAAAAAACCGCAGUAUUUUGUAGAAAUCACUGUAAUACUUAUUGCCUACUAAUUAUUUAAAAAUGUUCGGCCUCUAGGCUCUUACAAUGGUAAUUUUGAAAUGGCAAUAUUUAUGUUCUUCAAAGAAUUACCUAGAAAUAAUAUUCAUUGGAAUUUUAAUAUCUACGCAUAAAUCGAAUAGAUGAUAAUAUUUAGAUUGUGAAAUUAAACCGACACAGAAAAUUUUAAUUUUAAAAUCUCUGAAUAGGUACGCUAAAAUAAUAUAGUAAUUAAAAUGGUCAUGCUAUGCAAAAAUGUUGUUUUCCUCAUUAAUUAUUUAACUGGAGAAUUUUCAACUUUCGUUUGUAAAAAAAUAUAAUUAUCAAAAAACGCUUUUUUCUACUGACCCUUGAAACUCACACAACCAGUAAUUGGAGGCAUUGUUUUGACGUCUGGGAGGUCGUCGGCCGUCAAUUAGCGUUGGACACUCCAUCACGAAACCCUGUCUCUAAGCGCAGCAAAAUAAUGAUAAUUAAUAAUAAUGUUGAGUCUGCCUGCCUUCAAGCUAUUCUAAAGAGAACCUUUCUUCGUUUUUUUUAUAAUAAAAGGCUUUACAGAAGUAUGUUUUAUUAUGCAAUUAAAUUUAUACCUCUUAUGCAGUUGCUAUCAAUCUAGUAUAUUAUAGUAUAUAAAAACACGUACGUAGCUAAUUUAUCUAAAUCAAAAUAUUAAAUUAUGUUCAAUCUUUAAAAGUUUAAACAUAAAACUAUCACAACUAUAAUAUAUCAACCUAUUGUUAGUUUAUUAACUGCAACUAAUAUUUCAGGUAGUUAAAAUUUUAAAAAUAAUUUAGUAUUCUCUCGAAUAUUGAAAUCAUACGUACUACUACGAUUAUUACUAUAAUUUACUAAAAGAAAUUAAUGUUAUUAAAAAACGGUAGGUAUACCUUUUUUAAAUUUCACCAAAAUGUCAUAAAACAUGCAUAUAAAGAAAAUUAAUACAAUUCCAAUUAGUUUAUUCAGCAUGGUGUUGCCGUUGACUACUAAAUCAUAAUAUAAAUUAAUCACAUAAAUAAUAAUAUAACUGACUCUCUAUAGUAGAAACGUAUUGUUUUUAAUCGAUAUAUCUUUACCACAAUCAAAUAAAAAUUGAAUAAUCCAACUUCGGGGUGUUUUCGGGACCUCGUAUUCAAAAUUACUGAUCUCUGCGUGCUAGAGAUUUAGCUACACAUUACAAACACACUCAAACACUUCCUUUUAUACAAAACAAAUUAAUUUGUUGUAUUGUAAACAAUAAUAAAACUGUAUUAAAAAUAUAAUUAAUGUCACCAAUAAAAUACGUAGGUAUUUUAUUUUUCAAAUGUGAUUUUUUUUUUAAGUUUAUAAUCAUACAAUUAUAAUAUAAUUUAGUUGAUAUUUUAAAAAUAAAUAUGUUUAAAUAUUAAUAAUCGUAGUAAUUGAGUACUUUAAUGUAUUAAUAGUGAAUCGGAUGAAUCGAGAUUAUAUUAUUAUAAAUACAUACUUAGCGAACAACAUGUCAACAUCACAUAUUAUAAAAUCAUAAACUUAAUACGUAAUUGAAAAUAUAAAUUAGAAAAUCAAACUAUCAUUUAAAGUAUAUAAUAUAUACAAUGUACAUUGCAGUACACAUACUCGUAGUAUAUAAAAAUAUCUACGCAUUUAUCUUUAGAAUUAUUUUGUGUAUAAAUCUUAUACCUCGAUGUUAUAGCAGACAUAAAAUAUUAGGGUUCUUUUUUUUUAUAUUAUCCAACAAGGGGUAAAGAAGCCUGGGGUGAUUUUCGAUUUCAAUGUAAUCCGACAGCUAAUAGGCUACCCAAAUGUCAAUAUAGUUUUACUUGUCUCGGCCUAUUAGUGUCUUGUUCGAUGUAGCACAUACGGUAUACCUAAAGAGACCACAAAACCCUUAGAGGUUUGGUUAUGUAAUAUAUAUCUUUUUUGUGAUUUCAUUUUUUAAAUUAUUAUUAUUAUACAUGAUGUAUGAGCAUGUAACAUAAUAUUAUGGAACUAUACAAUUCGAUACGCAUGCUCAAUACACUGAAAUAUUUGUUACAUUCAAUUUAUUUAAAUUCUUUUAAAGAUAAACAUGUAACAUUUCAAAAUGUAUUAAACGUAUUAGACAACGUUUUUAAUACUAAAUUAUUCAAUUAUAGUUUAUUAUUAUACCUACUUAUAUACUUUUGUAAAUACAAAUUUUAAUUACGUUUUAGAAUUUUAAAAUCCCUAUGUUAUUUUUACAUAUUUUAUGGAAUUAAAAGAAUUUAAAUAAUAAUACACAAACCGGCAUUUUAAUCUCAAAUGUACAACGAAUUACGAUUUUGUGAUUUUAAUUUGACUCGCAUAAUAAUUAAGGAAUGCACAAUUAAAACCAGAAUCAUAAAUAUUUCUGCUAUAGGUAUAUGUGAUUUUUAAAUAGAAUAUUAACUUGAAAAAAAAAAACAUAAUAGAAACAAAGUUACAAUAUUUUCACUACUUAUCUAAAUUUACGUUUAUUUUUUUAUUUUUUUUCUCAUUUUACAAAGAGAAAUCUAAAAAAAAUUAUUACCCUUUGAGUUUGAAUAGAAUUUUUUAUGAGACUAGAAACUGAAAAGCUAUUGUUUGUUUAAAUUAAAACACAUAUACAAAUUAUGUUUUAUUUCACGGUUAAUUUUUCAAAAACCUCGCGGCGUUCGUGUAGUACCUACUUAACCACGUGGUAUAACAUGGGCAAAGUAAGAGCUGUUCUUCCAAACAAGGCACCAAGCACAGACAAAUAAAACUAUAUACAUUCAUUUCCUCACGUGUCGAGCAUGGAUAUAUGCCAUUUCCUGAAGGCAUACUUGCACACACGGUAUAUUACACGCGAAAUACUUAAAAAAAAUCCAAGGGUUCUUUGAGGUCUCUUGUGGCCUCGGCGUGGACUCUAUGUCACUUAACGAAUUGAUACCACGACCCCGUUAGUGUUAUUGAUGUUUAUUUGACAGCCGUGCAUUUUGAUUCCCAAAUGGGUUAUACGUACAGGUUAUAUUAUUGGAGGGCCGCUCAUGGUAUUCGCAACAAUAUAACCGAUAGAGUUUUAAAGAGUGAAAUAAGCUUCAAGCGAACGAGGCAACAAAUAACCAAGUGAUGGCUCCUUGACGUUGUGCGUGUGUGUUUUAUGGACGUUUAUUAUUAAACGAUGUUUUUCAGAUCGACUGACAGAACACAAAAUAUUUAUAUACAUAUAUGAUAUCAAAAUAUUAUAGAAGAAAAAUUGUUUUAACCAAAAAUAUAUAUAUUAUUGUAAAUUCAUACAAGCUGAAUAUUAUAUUUAUUAUAGCUGUCUUUGAGUUUUUGUAUUCACGUUGCAAUGAAAUCAUAUUGGAAUAAAAUAUUAAUUAUUAUUAAUGCGUAGACCAUUUGUUUGAUGUUAUAUUAUAUUUACUAUUAUUGGAAUAUAGUUAUUAUAUCAUUAGUCUAAAGUGAUAUCUAUACGUUUAUUUGCAUUCGUAACUAAAAUGACUGCAGGUAUCUAAUAAUUUUUAUUUUUGCUUUUAGGUUUGGUUCCAAAACCGUAGGGCAAAAUGGAGAAAAGCCGAACGGCUGAAAGAAGAACAGAGAAAACGAGAAGAACACGACAGGACUGGAUCACUACAAGAACAGUUAGAUCAUAUGGCCAAAGAUAUGCAACACUCGCCGACGACAAAAGUACGUUCAAUUAUUUAAACGUGCAAUUCCAAAUUACAAUUCUUUCAACUUAUUUCGACCGAAUAUUUAUCUUUGAAUUCAGACAUAUUAAUGAUUUACAAGGUAUAAAAUUAAUCAUUAAAAACCUUAUGUAUUAGGCUCUGAAAAGUCUUCUGGAAUUAAAAACAAAGUUUAAAGCAUUCCGUAGUAGUCAUAAAACAAAAACAAAAUAAAAGACAUUGUGUUUAGGGUAUUCGGGAAACCUUUAGUAAGAUAUAUAGUAAUAUAUAUAUAGUUUUUGAGAAAUAUGGGCAAUACUAUAUUAUAUGAGUAACAGUAGAUGCAAUAACAAUAAGAGGUUUCAGCCACAAAUCUUGCAGAGCCAUGUUUUCGCCGCGAGUGUAGAUUUAUUUAUUUAUAGAAAACCCUUUCAGUAAACAAACAUAGAGGGAGAUGAGGUUUUUGAUUUAUCCGUUAAGUUUAAUUUACCUCAGGUGCUUUACGGAGAGCAUAUCCAAAUUUAUGAUGUUAUGAUGUCGUCUUAACCCUUUUUAAUGUAUAACCGAACACUAUACAGCGUUACGCGUUUGCCGUUUUCCUUCAUGUAUUUAUCACCCGAGUCACUUGUCACGGCACCCGCUGAUUUAUUGUCGCCAGUUAAUAAUCUCUUAACGCUUUUUCGUUAAUGUCAACCAAAUAGUUUCCAGUUGUCGCUUACAUCGCACAAUAAAAAACAACUGAACAUAAAAAAAAAUAAUAAUAAUAAUAAUAAUAAUAAUGAAAAAACAUAAGAAAAUUGAAAAAAAAAAAAUAAAAAGAGGGCGAACUACAGAAAAAACUACUUUACAGUUAACCAAGAUGGUUGACGGCGCCAUAUUUAUUUCAUUUCUUCUUUUUACGACGCUCGUUUUCACAACGGACGUAAUGUAUUAUUUAUUAACCGGACCCGCGGGUCAUAAAUCAUGAAACCGAAUAAAAACGACAGUAUUAUACCACGAUUUCCUCCGGAUGAUAAUUUUUCAAACCGUAAAUAACUUUGUCGUUAUGUUAAAAAAAAAAAAGAAAAAAAAACCAAAAAAUAAUAAUAAUAAUAAAUCUAUUGUACACAAUACCAUGAUAAUUCUUUUUGGCGAACGGCUUAUGAAAAUUCAUUCAAUAAUAAUAUUUGCAUUGUAAUAAUAAUAAUAAUAUAUAUUCGUUUCUUUGUAUACGUUAAUGUUUAUAGGCCAGUGUCUUAGAAGGUGAACAGAGAGAUGACGGACACAGUGGCAGCGAGCCCGACGAAGACGCUCGUACCAGUACCGUUCAUAUAUCGGACCGGAGCGAAUCGCCUGCCAGCUGCGGUGUGAACGGUGGCGCAGACGAUAGGCCAACAUCGCCAUCACCGCCGGGGUUAGUGUUUUCAUCUGUUAAUAUAAAAAAAAACGAAACCGCACAGAGUAUAAUAUUAUAAUUGUUAUACUGACCGGCUACACAAACGUCAUGUCCGGUUAAACGGAGUAAAUUAAAACGAAUUAUUUCACCGACUUUAUAUUAUAUAGGCGAUGACUGUCACGUCGUUAUUUCCAAAACGAUUAUUGUUUCGAAAUACCGUUCGAUUUUUUAACGCGCCGCGGUCUCUGUUGUAUAAUUCUUGUUUUAAACAUCGUUAAAAAUGAGGUUCAUUAAUAUUGUUUCACAAAGACCGUAUGGAAUAUCCACGCGUUUUAACAAGUACCUAUGUACGUAUAGUACGUAUAUACGUAUAGUUUUAUACGGGGGCUUUUAAUUUGAUAUUCUUUAUUAACGUACAAAUGCAUUUUUAAUGCGUCCCGCAUUUUAAAUUAAUUAAACUGUUUUCAUCGCAGGAUCUAGUCGAUUUAAAUUAUGGUAGAUUAAAGGACUACAGACUAUUUUUUAUAAUACCAGACUAUUUAUAGACAAUGAAAAUACUAUACGUGACUAAUUAAAUUUCAAAAUGAUAAAUAUUUUUAAAAUUAUUAUUGUUUCACGUACAUUUUGGUUUAUGUUAAGUAGCGGAAACUACUUUAUGCACUUUAUUCCGCGCCUGUCCGUGUCCGCUUCAUCUCUCAUAUGGUUACGAAUUUGUGAAUGCCAUUUUUCACAAAACGAUUAUUUAGAUUCUCAAGAUGAUCGUCCACCUCACCCCCACAUUGACUUUUAGUCCAAUCGGUGAAAAUUAGAGAUUUUUACUCGUCGGAAGCUUACGCUACUAUACGAUACUCCGGUGUGCAUAGGUUUAUUUUAUCAAUAUUGUUUUUAUUUUAAUACAUGUGUAAUGCUAUUCAUUACCUACCGAAUAAUCUUACAGAAUCAAUAAAUAUUUAGCGAUUAAUUAAUAAUUAUUAUAAACCUGUUUAUUGUAUACACUAUAAUAUGGUGUAAAUGAUUUGACAAAUAAAAAUUAUCCCCUUUUUGGCCCGUGUACAAUGUACACAUAAAAUAAUGUGCCAUUAAACCGAAUGACUAGUGUCCUUGGCUAAUUUCAUUCGGUUCGAAAUGGUGUGUAGAGCUUGUUAUUAUGCCACGCGUUCAAUUGUUGUUAAUAAAUCGUAAUGCAGUUUAAGUGAAGAUAAAUUCAAAUUAUACUUGGUAAUUGAGCCAAUUAAACAAUCAAUUCGGAUGGCCGACGACAUAAAUAUACAUAUAGACACGCGUUUUUUUUUCUUCCUUAAGUGACAACGAAGAUAAUAAUAUAACAGUAAUGAUUGUUUUUUUAUUUAGUAAUACCAAUUAAAGAACGUCAUGGAUAUUUUAUUUUUAUACGCGUUUGAUAAUGCAGUCUAAAAUUGUAAUAUAUAUAUUUUUUUUUUUACAAUUUCGUAUCUACCUAAUUGUUUUUUAUUUGAUUUUGUAAAUGUUUUCGGUUUACAGGAAUGGAAACGCUGUACCGGAUUCACCGACACCCAGUAUUAGUCCUUCGCAAAUUCGACCGCCCAUCAGUGUUGCGACGUCGACGUUCAAUCAUUCGAUAUUUACACCGUUCUCGUCAGAAGGGUGAGUGUUAUUGUUCGUUUACCGCAAUUCGUCAAACGAUUUUUAAAGAUUAACUAUAAUCCUCCCGAAAAAAUCACGCCCAUUCGCGUAGUACCUGCGGACCGCUAAUAAUGAAAAACGAGCUGUAUUUAUUUAUAUUACACCCGUAUAUACGUAUAACAUAUAAAACCGCCAAACAGAUGGCAUGCGGUGUGUAAUAAUAUGUGUUCGUGGUGGCUUAUGGCUACCCUUUUUUUUACUUUAAAAAUUGUUGUGUUAGCAGAUUGUCGAAAAUUAAACAAAAGACUCGAUGCUGCAGGGGUGUUCACCGCUGAAGGGUCGUGUAUACCCGACGGUGCGAUUGUCACGGCCAACUUUUUUUUCUUCUUUUUUUUUUGCCCUAUCGCUAAUUUAUUAUGUAAAAUCGCAUUACAUUCAUCGAGUUGGUUUUUAAGGACAUAUUGAUUACGCUGAUAAAUUAACACAGUAAAAAAAAAAAAAAAAAUGAACUGUUUAAAAAUAUCGCUGUAUCAAACUUAAUAUAAUUCGAUUCGAAUACUGUCUACGCUGCACAGUUAAUUUUAAAAUAUACCCAUGCAAAUUUAACAUUUUAUUAUUUUAUAAUUUGCCUUGCAUAUAUCGAUGCUUCAAACAACACAUUAAUAUAUACAAAUAUAAAUACGUUACAUAGGGAUAAUUUAAUACUUUCUAUAAGGGAUAAUGAGUGGAUAAUAAUUUAAAUAAAGUUCUGAAACUUCCUUUCAACUUCAUCAUAUACACAGUAUAUGCUGAUAGAAUUAAGCUAAUUGUAAGUAACGCAGUAUGCAUGCAUUUCUUAAUUUCCCAAGAGGGAACAUUCACUGUAGAUCAAGAUAUAAAUUAUGAUUACUAUGUUUUUACACAAAACCUUGACGAUUUUAUUUGUAUAGCUAGAUAGCAAUAACUAAGUGAUACAAUCAAUUUAUGCAGGUGAUGUAUAAAACAUUAAUAACUUUUUUCUAUAUUAGUUCAUCAAUAUAAAAAAGUUCGUUCAGACUUUCAUUCAUUCUUCUCUUUUUUUAAAGUUCUUAUAGAAUUGUAUCUAUUUUUUUACUAACUAAAUUAUCUAAAAAACGGCGUUUUAUUUAUAAGUACAACAAAUUUGCAUAAUAUAUUUCGUCUGUCCGAAUUCUUCAUGAUAUAUGAAGAAUUCGGAUUUGUUUAUUUCUUAUUUAACCCUACUAAUCUCCCACUUGUUUUUAUUAUAUAUCCUGUCCAAUUUCUUGUUUUACGUUGGUAUUAUAGAAAUUUAUUUCUGUAUAAUUGAGCACAGUCUUUAAUUUUUUUCUAUAACUAAAGGUUAAUAUGAAUUCAUAUAUUAGUACGAAUUAAAAUCUUAACAUUUUUAAUGCACCUUUUUGCAAUUUUGUUGAUUUUCUUCUUUUAUAAUGCAAUGUUUAACACUUUUAAAUGUUAUUCACAUGAUUUAAUUAUUUAUCCACGUUAAAAUAAAAUAACAAUAGGGACUGUGUCAGAUAUUAUGUUAGAAUAAUAAUGUAAUAAAAAUAAUAUUAUGUAGUGUAUGCGUAUUUAUUGUUAUUUCGGGCUUUGUCGAUUGUAAUGGCAGUGGUGAAAAUACCAUUCAAUAAGACGACGCACGAGUUAUUAUUUUCUCGAAAUGUUAAUAAGAAAACAAGCCAAUUAAACUUGUACUAUUAUUAUGAUUUUUUUUUUUUAAUUAUUGCAAUUCUGGAUAUUUUUUCCAGCAGUAAUGCAAUCAAUUUUAAUUUUUUUUAAUGCAAUAACUUCCGAGCCCUGGUUAUAAUAGUUAUAUUAUACCUAAUAAUAACAUAGUCGUUUGCAUAAUUUACGUACCUAUACCGCCUAUAUAAUAAUCAUUGUAUUAGUGAUCCGUCUUCGUCACCACUAUAUAUAAUGCAAUCUAAUAUUAUUAUCGAUCCGUUUAUAAAUUGGAUUCGACGUGGCGGUGGUGGCUUUAUGUGAACGACAAAAUUAUAUAAUUAUUCGUCUAAGAUCGAGAAAUUAAAAAGUUAAACAAUUUUCAUUUGUUUUGCCGCGCGUUCUCAUGUCAAUCGCAGUGAUUAUAUUAUUAUACAGCUAUUAUAAUAUUAUUAUAAUACGCUUAUGCCGAAACGACCACCCUCAUCGUGUGUCACGCGUGUUGUCGUACAGCGAUGCGUGUAUUAUAAUAUUAUUGUUUCUCGCGCCCCUACACUACACUACACUACACUGCACUAUACACUAUAAAUACGCUAUUAUACACGGGCCACCGACGGGAACAAAACGAUAUAACUGCUUAAUCCCGGCCAUGAGAGAGACGAUCGGUGUUAUUAACGUGGAAAAGUUUUUCUAUCGGUGACAGGCGCGCACGUGCGCGCCGCACUACACUGGUACACGGUGCACACUGCACACGUGCCGCACGGCCACCUACACCGACAACGCGACGGUCUCAGGUUACACCGAUAAUAAUGAUAAUUAGGUUUAGGCCGCGCCUCGCGGACCGAUAUUAUAAUAGUAGACGGGAUAGAAUUGUUUGGGGUGUACGGCCCCCACACGCGGGCACGUAAUAGCUAAUAUUUAGUUUCGGCGACAAUCGUUUUAUACAUACGUAUGUAUAGUAAUAAUAAUAAUAAUAAUAAUUGAAUACGAUCAACGGACGACGUAUGCGCGAUAAUUCGAUUUGGUUCGUGUUUUACGCGUGUAUACGAUGGCGCGAUUUCGAUAUUGAAAAAACGGGGGCGCACGGAGUAUCCCGAAAUUAUGUUUUUUAAAGAAGAGUGUCCCGUGAAUUCGAUAAUUUUAUAAUAAUUAUUAUUGUUGUUAUUUGAGUUUAUUCGGUCUGCGUACAGCCUGAUGUGCGACCAUAAUAUAUUAUUCCGUCAAUUAUUCUGGUCCGCCGACAAAACCGUUCUAUUCGGUCCGAAUCCUAUGAUUUUAUUUAAAACGUAAUUUUUAGAUUAAGAGCGCAACGGGAAAUUUAACAGCGGGUACCGUUUAAUGGGUUCCUCAUUAGAUUUUCAGAUUAGCUAUCCGAUUGCCUCUCGAGCAUCCGACGGACAACCAACAAACAUAGCUGGGGCGCUACGCUAUGAAAAUGGCGAUGAAUUUAUAAAGUUAUAAAGUAUCAAUAAUGAAUCAAUAGUUAUUAAUAUUCUACUUAACACAAAACGCACAAACAAACGCACACUUUGGCAUAGUCAUGGAUGUUGUUAUUCGACAAGCCUUAUGUUUUAUCAACAACGCUAUAGACACUUCUUAAUUUUGUUUUUUCCGUUGUUAUUGUGAAUAUAAUGUUUUUAAUAAUUACAACCCUAUUAUAAAGCAUCCAUUUCAGUUCGAAACAAUAAAUCAUUUAGUUUUUAGAUAUUCAAAUUGUAUUCGGAGUGAUAUCAGUUGUCUGAUAUAAUGCUGAUGAUGUCAAAUUUAACAAAAAUACUAAAAACAGUGCUCCUUGAUUAUCAAUCCGGUAACACCAUCAGAUUGAAAACCAGACGAGUAAAAUUAUUUAACACUACGGUAUGAUGUAUUUGUUUUUCUGUCGGAUCUUUCAAAUUGUUCCAAAUUCCAUGUGUUUUUAUGUAGAUAUAAUUGUUUUGGCUUAGCCAUUGUUUAAAAAUUUAACAGGGGUUUCAUAAUAAAUUAAACUUGGUGUCAAAAAAAAAAGAGCCGGUACUGAGAAUGGGUGUGCCAUUAUAGUAGUUAAGAAAACAAAAAGGUAGAAUAUAUAUAGUUAUUUAAUUUAUAUCUGUACGCAACGAUAAAUCAUUACUAACGAAAAGCGUAGUUUUUUCAUUUUUAUUUUCGGCGAAGUUCGACAAGAUAUAUCAUUAAAAUACCAUCAUUUUUACGAAUUUCAUCAAAAUUUUAUCUAAAAACAAUUUUAAAAAAGACUGAUAUACUUCGCACGAUGGGUGGGGGUCACUAUUGUAGGUUAUAAGUUGGGAAAGUAGAAAAUAGAAGGUAAAUCAAUAUACAUCUAUACGCAAUAAGUAAUCAUUGUUAACAUAAAACGAUUUUGAACGGAAUACGGUUAUACAUGUUUUGAAAGGACAUCACGAUAUUCGUCAAAAUUUAAUUUUAACUCUUGUAAAAAAUAAAAAUACUACAUUAUACACUCAUUUUUUUUUUGAUCACAAAGUACUACUUAUAAUGAACAGUCUGAUAAUUUGUCAAGCAUUUCUUUUUGGUCUAAUAAUUUUGUGCACAGAGUAUCUACUGAAUAAAAAUGACUUAAAAAUAAUAAAAUUAAAAUGUCUAUAAAUUGCUCAAAAAUCGCUAAAAUAUUUUAGAACUUAUACCACGCUUAGAAAAUAUAUUUUUUCUAACCAAAUUUCAAGUCUCUACGAAUAUUUUUAACUGAAUCGCAACAAAAAAUAUAAUUGAAAAUAAUAUAUUUCGUUAAUUUUCCAGUUGUUCUCACGUUUUUUCUCAGUUUUCCCAUUUACUAUGAAAACCCUAGAAAAAAUGUCUAAUAGAAAAAUUAUUGGCAGAUAAAGAAAAAAAAACAUCCUUGUAAAACCAAUAUACAUUCCUCGCUCGGUUCAGAUUCUAAAAAACUAGAAAAUAUUAAAUGCCUAUAAAUAACUCAAAAAUCACUAGAAUUUUCAAAAUUUGUUUCGUAUUUAGAAAAGGCUAAUAUAAAUGUUGUUUGCAAAUUUCAAGUCUCUAUGAUUAUGUAUAAAAUACGGAUUUGAAAAAAUGUUUCUUAAAAGCAAAAAAGGCAAAAUAAAAUGUCAUGAAUUUUAUUCUAAGUAGUGUGAAACGAAUUUGUAGCUGACAUAGCUUUGUUUUUGAGCAAUAGAAAAAAAAAAAAGCUAAUGCCUUCAAAAUCCGUACUCUAAAUAUGUACAACCAACUUAUACGACAAAAAAAAAAAAAAAUCAAAAAUCGACCCUUUAAUAAUAUCAGCUCUUUUUUGAUAUUUAUAUUGUAUACAAUAUAUUCGUGUUUUUUGUUUUUUCCUUAUUGGGUUCUGUUCCAGCACUAACCCGUAUGUAUAAUUUUUGGUUGUUUGUAUAAUUUUUGAUUUUAUUGGUUUAUAAUUUUUUUGGGUUUUGGAUUCUUAUCGUGAUGCAUACGUCCGGCAAGUCGCACAUCAAUGUUCAUUUGUCGAUCAUCUUUGAAACGUUCGUCUCUCCAAACAUUAAUAUUAGCACUCACUAUUUUUUCUGCGUCUCCGGCUACAUUAAUAUCCUUUGCAGGUUCAAAGGUAUUCUGCGAUAUUUUAUAAUAUUAUUAUAUUAUUAUAUAGCACACCACGUGUUUCACGGUUAUAACGAAUUGUCGUUUUAUAGGUAAUAAUCAAAUAUUAUUAUUAAUUAUACUAUGUUUGUAUAAAAUACCAUGAUGCAUAUGGUUAAAACGAAUUCUUCUAAAAUAUAUAAUAUUUUACCAUUGAUCUACGUGUAAAUAAUACAUAUUAUUAUAUAAUCAAUUAUUAUACUGACAUUAAAAUGGAAUAUUUCGAUUUUAUGAUUGAAAAAUAAUUUUACCUACCAAUACAUAUACAUUAAUUCUCUUUGAAAAUGUAUAUUUCAACGCUAUUAAAAAAAAAAAAAAAAAAACGAAUUUCAAAGUAAUAAAUAAUAAUGCCUGUAUUACACAAAUACAAAUUAUCAAUGCAAUUCUAUUUCCGAUAUUACAUUUCCUGCGUACUUGCAUAUCAAAACGUAGAUGGUAUUUAAAUUGAAAAAUGAUCCAUGAAUAUGUCUGUACAUAAUUAUAUAACGUCAAAAUACAUAAUACUUAUCACGAUCAAUUUAUUUUACGAAUAUUGAUUCGCAAAUAUAAUAUAAUGUUGUGCAAAUAGAUACCUAGUCCAAAGUUAAACGAAUAAUAUUUAUUAUUAUUAUUAUUAAUAUAAACAUUAAAUCCAGUAAAUAGUUUACCAGAUCAUUUACAAUUAUAAAUGUUGGUUCAAUAAUUGUGUUUGAUUUAAUUCUAUAUGUUAAAAAAAAAUAGUUUGUACACAUUUAAACAAUCAUUGUCUAUUGCAUAUUAGACCAUUAGUUUUUAUCAAGUCAUGUUUAUCAAAGUUUAAAAUGAAAUGUUUACACAAUUAUAGCUCUCAAAAAGUUUGAACAAAUCUAAACUUUCAUUUUGUGUAAAAUACCAAAUGAUUAGUGUAAAGCAAAAAUGUAUAUAAUGGGAAUUUUGGAAUUUGCCAAUAUCGAUGGGUAAGUAGUUGAGCAGUAUCGAUUAUUAUGCAAAGGUUUACAUUUUACGAUAGAGAUGGUAAUAUAAUUUGGAGCAAAGGUAUCUAAAAACAAAUUUUGAAGAAGGUGGUCCAAAAUUUUUUGUCAACCAAAAUUUUUGACGGCCUUUUUUACACAAAAUAAAUAAAAUAAACUUCUUAUGUAAAAUUAAAACUCCAAUACCUAUAUCGAAUUUCGCUUAAAAAUAGUACAUAUAAUACAUGUUAUUAAUUAUUUUAUAAUUUCGUAUAUAAUGUAUAAUGGUUAUUGCAUAUAUAUUUUAAAUUGCAAAUUAUAUAGUAAGUUAUAACAAACUACACACCCCAUCCCUUUAAAAUAUUAUAUUUCAUUUAUAAUAAUACAAAUACAUAAAUUCUCAAAAAACCGUACAAUGUAAUACCCAAACUUUAAUAUGGAAUCUGUUGUCGAAUCACGAAUGUAAAUUUCACGAUGAAAACAAUUUCGGUAAUUUACUCAGAUCUAAUUCGCCUCACGUUUUCUCUUUGUUUCGGUUAAUUUACAUUUUACCGAAGUUAAAUUACGAACUUUAAAAUGUGGAAUAUCAUUUGAGUUCCAAACGUAUACCUACCAGUCUAUGGAAUUACGUCGAAACUUUGCUUUCAACGUUUCGUCGUUAAUUUAUUUAUUAAAUACACCCGAAAUUAAGCGAAAACAAUGCGAAACAUUUAUUUUAUAUAGAUACUUGUUCGCAAUAGAGAUGUUUUCAAGUUUAUGGAAAUAUAAUUAUAUACAAUUAUAAAAUUGUAAUAAUAUAAACUUUCAAUAUAAAACAUCACUAGGCCUUUAUUCGUCGCCUUGUUAUGCGGGCACUUAAACAAUUCUAAAAUAAUGUAUUUCACAAUAAGAAUUAAAAUUAUAAUAGGUAUAUUACACUAUAUUGAAUAUAGCUUUCCGUUGCGGUGCAAACUAUAAAAUGUUAUGAAUUAAUAAAUCUACGUAUUUUAUACGAUAAUCAUUGAAUAAUCAUUAUAUAUCAUCAAAUAAUUAUUGAAGGAGCCAAUAAAUAAAUGUGUUAAACGCAGUGGCGUACCUAGGCCUCUCUUACAGGGGGUGGGGGGGAAUAUAUUUUCACCCAUUCUUAAAAUAUAAAAUUUCUUAAAAAUAUAUGUCACAGCCAACCUAAUCUAACCUAACGGGAAUUUUAUAUAUGUAAAAUAUUAAAUAGAACAUUUUAGUAGGUAUUAAAAAAAAAUUGCUAUUUAAUAUAAUAUGCAUGUUAUAAAACAAUUUUAUAAUAAAUUGUAUAGCAACACAAAGUCUAACCUCCGGAAAAUAACGUUCAAUAAUUUCAUCCACUGGUAUACUUAUUUUUUGGUAUAUGUGCAAACAGUGCAAGCCUACAUAAGCGAUCUUGGCCCAUUUUUGAGCGUAGCCAUGUUUUUAGUCUACAGCAGAAGCAUGAAUACAGGCAAAUAAUAAAUAUAAUUAAUGAAAAAGCAGUAGGUAGGUACUGUCUAGAUUUAAAAGCUAAUGCCAAUUAUAUAGAUAUAUAAUAAUUAUUAUAUUAGAUUAUAUAUUAUUAUAUGUUUUUAUUAUAUAUGGUCAAAUAACGUAGAGCCACUAUAACAAAAUUAUAAAAUGAUGUAUUUUGACACGGUUUGAUCAUAAAUAACAAAAUUAUUUUAAAAUCUUGGUUUGAUCAUAUUAUUAACGACUUCAUGAAAAAUAAGUUCAAAAUAAUUGAAAAAACACUAGGAAAAAAAAAAACAUAACAAUGCACACAUUUAGUCACAUAUCAUUAUUCGACCCACGGAGGGAGCGAAUGUCCCCUUCGCUACUCCCCCUCAAAAGUAUGCCACUGGUUAAACGACAAUUUUUUCGAAAGUUAUAUUAAUACGAAUGAAUUUACUUGUUUUGGCGUAUUAAACCAAAUCUAAAUCUAAGAAAAAAAAAAUUUACUUAUAGAGACAAUCAAUUCAUAAAAGUGUUAUCCUAUCCUACUAAUAUUAUAAAUGUAAAAGUUUGUGUAUGUGUGUGUAUGUAUGCUUGUUACUACUCAGCCCCGUAACAGCAUGAGUAGAUUUUCAACGGAUUUGGUAUACUGCAGUUACUUUAGUGCAUUGAAUAGCAAAUAGAGUACUUUUUAUCCCGGAAAAAUUUAAAGUUCCUAUGGGAUAGUAACUUAACCCAACUAACACAAAAAAAAAGUGCAUUAUACAAUUUGUAUUCAUUUAGUGGUCAGAUUUUCCAUUUUCCCAAAGAAAGUGGAUAAAUAGCAUACACAUUGUAUUCCUAUAAUGCCGAGAAAAAAAUUUAAGAAAUGUUAUAAUGGUUUCAUUUUUAAGCAGUAACAUUUUAUUUUUUUCAAAACAACAACACCGCGAUAUCACAUGCCUCACCACUGCACUACACUAUAUGUACGCCUCUUGGGGUCUAAUCUCCCCUUACCAUUUAAAAUAUAGCGUGAAACAUGUUUCCGGGUUAAACAAAAGCUCAAACAAAAAAAAGUUUCAAUCUCAUUUUAUAAUUUUUCGUUUUAAAUGACCCUCUUGAACAAUUUUAAAAAUGUUAAUUAAAACCUUUAUCAAUUGACCCCUUCAAUUAGUAUUAAACGAGUUUCUCACUCAAAUCAUUAUUUUCACUGAUGAACCGUCAGACAAAAAAUUACACUUUUAUCUACAAAAACUGAUCGGAGUAAAACCAAAUGUCAAAAAAUACGUUUAGAAUAAUUUUGUUUGGCGCCAAUGUCCGAUUACAAACGAAAGAAAUAACGGUACACGCUCGCAAUUUGUAAAUUUUUAUGAAAAAUGAUAAUAUGAAAAUGUCAAGAACAAAUUUUACCUAUACACCUUAUAAUAUAAUACAUUUCUGCUUACCAGUUAGGCUGAGGAUGUACAAUAUUAUUAUUUUCGUAACAAACGUUGAUUUAAAACAUAUCUCGUAAACCAUACAAAACAUAAAUCAGUAGGGACAAUUUUCCUCCGAAACACGAGAUAGGUACAAAAAAAAAAGGCACUUAAUAAUUUUCAAUGUUUCUAUGAAACGUCUGUUUCCCUUCAAGUAUUAAAAUCGAUUGAAAUCUGUUGAAACAAUAAACCGAAAUAGGUGUAUACGAGAGACGAUAGGAAACCCGAAACAUUUUAUCUAUUAAACUAUAAUUACGCCAGAUUGUGCAGAUUUUCCCAACAAAAUUAAAUAACAUUUUGUUUAAUAUUAAAAACAAACUUAAAAAACACCCGGUUAUUAGGAUUCCGAUUUAAUUACGCGAUGUCGGGAUACAUCACGAUUUUACGAGAGCCCCUAGACCUUUUUUUAUAUAUAUAUAUAUAUAUAUGUAUAAUGUAUAUAGUUUUCCGUAUAAUUUAGUUCAAAUUAAAAUCCUAUUUAAUACGCGUCUCGCGGUCUUCAUGUUUUGUUUCAUUUUGUUAAUUAUGUUACUUCGUGUUUGAAAAUAAUAAUGGUACUUAAUUAAAAAAUUAUCGUCUGAUAACAUUUUUUUCGAUUGAUAUUUAUUUGUGCUAUUGUUGUUUGCAACGCGUAUUUUAAACAAGUUUCAAAUUGAUAUAAUAAUAAUAUACUGAAUAUAACAAAAGACCAUUGAGAUUAUAGAAUAUAGAUGAUUCGUUUUGAACUAACAAAAAAUGUCUUGUCAAAAACGAACCCAUUCAGUAUUCAUGUAAAACUUGAAUAAAAAAAAAAAAAAAAAAAAACCGCUAAAAUACUAAAACACUGAACAAAUUAAAUUAACUGCUAAGCAACUUAAUCGAAUCAAUAAAUUCCGAAUUUUCGGUCGGUAUACCUACGAGAAAACUUCUAUUUUUCCAUAUUAUAUUAUGAUAUUAUACUACACAUACAUAAUAUGCCAUAUAAAUAGAACUAUAAUGACAAUAACAAUGUUCAUAGAGCUUAUAAUCAAAAUAUUUUUGAAAAUUGACCAUAUUAACAAUAUGACCGGGUAUAGAUUGCGGGUUGCGCAUAUUAUAUUAUCAGUAGGUAGGUAACUAUAAUAUAAUAUAAUAUGCAAAAUGUUCACUAACAUUUUUAAAUCGAAUAGUAUAGCUAUAGUAUAUACCUAUAUAGGUGGAAAUACUUAUAUAAAAUAUUACAUUUUUUAUUUAAUCGUUGUACGUUUUAUUUAUUAAUUGACGAAUCGGGUUCAUCGUACGUUGCACGGGAAACACGUACCUAUUCGAUACAUUAUAUUUUAUUGGUAACAAUAAUGUACCUGUAAAUAGUGCACAAUUAUUGCAUUUUUAUGCGAUUCGAAAUAUUCGAUAACAAUUCAAAUGCAUAUUGUUUAUGGGACCGACCGUUAAAAAAAGUAUAUAUAUAUAUAUAUAUAUAUAUAUAAUAUAAUAACUAUAUAAUAUUACAACUAGCUGACCUAGCUGGCAAUGCUUUUCUAUUGCUAGAUAAUAGUGUAAAUAGUAAUAGUAGUAGUUUUCUACUUCAUCUUUAUUACCAAGGUAACCUACGAAUAAACAAAAAAUAAAUACAUAAAUUUACAUAAAAAAUUAAAUAUUCGUAUUAAAAAUACCUAAAAACCCCUAUAUACUUCACGGGAUUGAGAAUGAAACGUUUAAGACUGUCCGUCAUGUCCUUUAAGUUGGAUCAAAUCACACACAUUGAACAUCUUAUCGAAAUCGGUUGAGUAGUUUCAAAGUGCAUCGUACCUAAAUUCGUCGUACGCGUGAUUUAUAUAUAUUUAAGAUGUACAUUUUCACCUAUACUUUUACUAUUCGGUGUAAACGUUUCAGUGGACAUUUUUCAUAAAAUACCUAUAAUACUGACAGAUAUAAUACGAUAUGCGGAACUCUGCACAUUUUUAUAAUAUCAUAAUAUAUACCGAUCAUCGUGUUGUGAACACGGUCAGUUUUCAAAAAUGUUUUGACAAUAACAAUAAACUCUAUAAACAUUGUUGUGAUUUAAUGUAUAUAUUGUAGUAUACGCGGUAUAUUUUCCAAACUCCGACAUUAAUACGGAGAGAAAAAAAAAUGAAAUAUUCUCUAUGAAUAAAACGAAAAAUGUGACUGUUAACGAGUUUAUAAAGAAAGACGGAAAUAUAACGAUGAGAUAAUAAUGUUAAAAUGUUCACAUCGAAGAAAAGUUUGCAUAAAAUAAAAAAAAAAAAUAAAAAAAAAUGAAAAGAGAAAGAAAACGGUAUAUAGGAUCAAGAAGAAAAAGUUUUUAUUCGAAAAAUUCCAUCAAGUUCUUUUGACUUAUUAUUGCUGUAUAAUAUAUUGAGUAGGGAGUAGUAUAAGUGGGUGGCCGGAGGUAUAUAUGGUAAGUGUGACGGAGAGGGUGGCAGAGGGAGAGAAUUCGCCGGAAAUUUUUUAUUCAGUAGGUACCUGCGUCGUUCGAUAUUGGAGCAAAUUGAAUUUUAUUACCCGACAGUCGGGGCGGCAGCGGCGGCGGCGGCGGCGGCGGUGGGAGCGGCGGGAACGAGCGGGAAAAGCAGUUUUUCCUUUUAUUUCAUAACUCCCAAGUUAUGUAUCCGCGAGUGCGGCGAUGGCGGUGGCGGUGGCGCCGCGGUAUGGUGAGCGGACGGCGGCGGCGGCGGUGGCGUUCCUUUUGAUGGCUUAAAAAUAUGAUAAUUCGUUCGCCGCGCUCAAAGAAACGAUGUCAAAGGCCCUUCGUCCCGCCCGGCCGCCGCCGGCCCCUGGCGGGCGCCUUUAUUAAAUAACGUUAUACAGUAUCGGCUUGCUGCUAUACGCGGUACCAUCCCGUCCGUCCGCCCCCGCCCCUUUUUCCACAGACUCUACGCCUCCUACUAUUACCCCUCCGCGGCCCGUCACGCGGUAGUCCUGUUCGCCACCAUCCGUCGCGUGUAGCCGCCGCACAGCAUCCCUCGUGCUGCAAUCUAAUUCUAUCUAAUUAACAUUGGAUAUCUCCUCUCGUUAACGCGCCCGCUCGCUGAUGAUGCCAAUUUGCGAAUUAUCCAAAUUAUGUUUGCCCGCGGUCCUUUCGUUUAACGCCCGCGUUAAAAAAAAUACGAUUAAACACAAUAAUGAAAAAAACAAAAAAACGUUCCGACACUACCGAAUUAUUAACGCCUUAAAAUAUUUAUUCGAUUUUUUUUAACGCCGUCGUCGAUCUGUAACUGAUUGGUGUUUUCAUACCUAUAUAUACCGCGUUGUCGCAGCAAACGCAAUCGAAAUAAACAAUAGGAUAACGACGCGAACGCGAAGAGAAUUGUGAUUAGGUUACCUAUACCUAUACACCAGUACCCACUCGAUUCGAGUUGGACAAAAUAAAUAAAAAAAAAAACAAACUAAUACUUUUUAUCCGUCCGCGAGCACUGCACGUAUAAAAUCGAAAUUAAUCGCAUUCCUUAUAAGUCUGAAUUACAGUAUAAUAAUAAUAAUAAUAAUAUAAUAUACGUGUCAUUAAUAUUUCAAUGACUGACAGACGUUUGUUCGGAUACGCUAAUUAUUGUAUAAACGUAUUUUGAUCCUUCAAAUCCGAUUUUUUUUUUUUUUUUUUAUAAUAUCCGUCAACAGUACGACAAUAAUAAACGUAAGUAUAUAUAAUUUCAGAAUAAUUGACGUACGUACUUUAUCCCACGUCUCCUUGACGUAUUUCAAAUGUCCGCACUGUAGCGGCCUUUCGAUGGCCACCACAGUUUUUGUAAUUUUUUCGUUUGCUUUAAUUUUUAAACAAAAAUAAGAUUGAAACGAAUUGAUUAUUAAAUAAAGUUUUAUAUUCUAUUAGAUUCUAUAAGUACAGAAAAACAAUAAUGAUAUUACUAUAUGUAUAUCAUUUAAUAUAAUGUUCAGUGUGCUAAUAUAAAAUUAUAAAAAUAGUCAGUACUAAGAUUCACAGUCUUCUUAUAUAAUUAUAACAAAAUACUUUUAACAGUAUUAUUCCAUUUUAAUAUUAAAAAGACGCAAUAAGUAAUACGAGUACUUGUAUACUGUUGUAAUAAUGUUGUAAUUAUUUGAAAGUGUAAUUUAAUUAAUAUUAAAAGUAAUCAAUGUAUAAACAAGUUUUCGACUGGGGUUACGGUUGCAAACGACAAUAUACAAGAGAGAGGUAAUAAAAAUGACACUAGCCCAUCCAUUCCCGUGGUUUUUUACACAUAACUCUGCCUCGGUUAUGUGCAAAUUUAUGUUAAAUUUUGACAUCGACAAAAUUGAAAUCCGUUAAACGGGAGGUGACGGGGUGUAACAUACGUCUCGAAUUUGAAAAAUUACAAUACCUUUAUAAAAAUAGAUCUCUGUAAACAAAAAAAGUAGUGGUCUGAAAAGAAAUUUAAAUUUACUUCAUCAUGGGGAAGGUUACACAAAUCGGUAUACAAUUUCUAAAAAAUAUGGCCCUUAUUCGGGGUUAGCCCAUGCAGAGGGAAGGCACUGGACCCCAGUAAUGACAGGUCUUGUUCACGUGAUCGUUGUUUAUAAAUUCUCACAACCAAUCUGCUGCACGGAUUAUAGAUUGUUUAAAACGACGCAUUGUCCAUUUAUGCAUUUUUUUUUUUUUAAUUUUGCAAAACUAUAUAGAAUUUACGCACAAUUGAUUCGCAUAUUUCUCACCCCAUCCGACCGGUAUACCUUAUAUAUACAAUUAUUAUAUAUUAUCGUAGAAUCGAGAAAUAAAAGUCCCCCGUGGAGAAAAAAAUCUGUGACACCCUUACCAAACAAAAAGAUACUUUGGUAUUGUCGAUAAAAAACCACGGCGAGUUUAGAUAAAGCAAGGGGGUAAACGGAAAAACCUAUAACCUGCAUGUUGGUCCCGAUACUGUCGCAUAUUAUGGCAAGUAAUUAUAUAAUCGUGUCUUAAGUAUAUAUAAAUGUAAAACUUACGUACGGAUUUGACAAUUAUAGACAAUGAUAUAUUAUAUUGUGUAUUAAUGUAUCGUAACUUACAAGACUGAUAUUGUUUAAAACGGAAUAAUAAUACGACUAACAUUUGUAAUUUUCCAAAUUUUCUAUUAUACACUAUCUAGUGUGGUAGUUUACACAUGUAGGAGAUAACCUAAUUUUGAAAUACAGCUUAUGAAGACUCACGGACAUAAAGUUCAUUCGCAUAUAAAACUCAAAAUCGUCCGAAACGUUCCGGACUUAUCAAAAUCCGUUGAAAAGAGGUUUUUCAUAAGACUCACAAUUGGCUCAAAGACUUUCAGUUUCGCGAAAAAUGUUGACACCACACAUCACCGCCCGUCUUAUUUUGCUAUCAACACGAGUACCCACGUUCUUAAAAUUAUAAAAUACCAAAAUAAAAUAAAUAUGCGAUUGAUUUAAGGUGUUUUUUUUUCGUUUCUUUCGCCACUUUUGCAGUACUUAUGUAGCGUUUGUUCGGUUAUAACAUUAUCAGUUUGUGCGCCGGUUAUAAUCGGCGUCUACUGUUAUCGUUUACCAAGUUUCCCCCCCCCUCUACAUCAACGGUCGGACGGGUGGAGAAAACAUCAACGGGGAGGAGGGUGGUGGGGAACUGUUUCUCUCCCGGUUCCGUCGUCGGGGGAUUUUCAUUCCGAUUAUUUACCGUUAUCCGUAUAAUAUAAUACGCCGACAAAUCUUGUAUCGCACAGAAAGACGCAGUUUAACGUCAAUUACGGCCGCGUCACGGUGCAUUAGUAUAUAUGCGUGUACGCCGACGUCGUGCGCACGGCACAUUGUCCCGAGGAUCCGUUCGCACAAUACGCUCUCCGUCGUCGUCGUCCCGGGCCAUUUGCCAGUUCCUUCCGAGUGCAAUAAACACCCGUACCAAUGACGACGUCUCUAUUAACCGUCGCGCACCCCCUCGCGCGCGAUUGCCGCGGACUUUAAAAACUUCCGGUUCCGGUCGGACAUCGUAUGGCGCACACGCGGUGUAUACGACUACUAUACGGUAUACGAUACAUAAUAUAUACUGUAAUAUUAUCGUCUUUGUAUAUUAUACGUAUAUAUAUAUAUAUAUAUGUGUGUGUGUGUGUGUGUGUGUACAUGUUAUAUACACGCGUUUUGUCGCAGCAACAGCAAUUUAGCGUUAAUCGUUAAGCGCUAUUAUAUUCCACGUAUAAUAAUAAUGUAUAAGUAUACAGCAGCCGUUGUUAUGCAGUCCGGGAUCGCGGGGGCAAACGAAAAACUUUACUAUCAACACAUAGGUUUAGCUAUAAUAUUGACUAUCGCGGCGACGGCUUUUGAGACAAACGUACCGUUUUACGCCUAUACGCGGACAACAUGCCCGGUAAUAUUGUAUAUUAUAAAUAAUGCCUUGGUUUCGUACGUAAAUACACGUAUUUAUUGCAGUGGCUGCGCGAAGGAGGUAUAUCCAAAAUAGCGUGGUUCGCAAAAAAACGGGUGUGGACGCUCGAUUGUUCGGCAAUACAACAAAAGCUAUUAUGUUAUUACGAAACGAAAGUCGUUAAACGAAUUUUAGACUGCGGAGGUUCAAUGAAUUUCAUUAAAGACCCCCCCCCUCCUCCCCAAGGAAACUCGGUAUUCAUUCCCCGACUUGUAGAUUCCGGGGUAUUUUCGGUAGAGUGGGUGGAAAAUUAAAUCGGCGAUUCGAGGUGAGAAUACUUCGCAUCGCCAAUGAUUUAUGCAUAUAAUACACUGUAUUAUCAAAGACGGGUAAGAUGACUAUCGACCGAUCCUCUUAAAACUAAAUCUCUCGCCGAUCGCCGACACUCAAAUAGCAAAAGAAAAUAAUUUCAGCGGGUAUCGACUUACCGAUAACUCUCGGCUCUCGCUCAUUAACUUUCAAAAUGGUUUAUUUCGCAUCGUUCCUGGCGCUAAAACGGGGAGAAACGUAUAGGAAAAUCGAGACAAUUUACUACGGCUGCAGCAAUAAUAACGAUUACUUUAAUUCCGAUUUCGAUGUUUCGUCGGUGUUGUAAUUCAGUCGGGUGAGAAUACUCGUAGAGACCCGACUGAUACUAAACGAUUUCAGUGAGUCGCCCCAAUGAUAUAUCGCGGCGCACGUGUACCGACGAUAUGACGAUAAUAAUAUUGUUUCCCCGGCGAGAAUAAAAAAAGAUUUACCUCCAAUGAUGAACGAGUGCUCGCAUAUGUGUGCAGGUAUAAUAACAAUAAUAGUGUAUAGUAUUGCUCGCGCGCAAAUCGACUACCGAACGACGACCGAUAACAUUUCGACCACGCACUGACUGAACCGGCGAAUAUCAGCAGCUAUCGCACAUUCUUUGGCACAGCCGGCCACCGUCGUCCGACUAGGUAUAUCCUAUCCUUGAGGCACCACCGGAAUAUUAAUUUUCUAAUUACCCCCACCAGGCUCUGCAGCAGUUAUAAAUACACGUAUUAUACACUUAAAUUUAAUAUUCCUGGAACAUUAAUCGAUUUCCGAUGUUCUAUCUACGUCAAUAUCGCAUCACCCGUUAUAAUAUGCGCUGUGUCGGAGCAUUUUUGAGGAACACUUAAUACGCAGCAGUAUGGAUACCUGCAGGAUACCCGGUAGACAGUAUUCGAAUAGAAAAAAUAAAAGAAAGGGAGAAAGGAAGACAAAAAAUUAGAUUGAAAAAAAACGGAGCGUCCCUUGCAAUUAUUAAUUUCAAUCUAACCCGUUGAGGACUUUGCAUUCCAACACCUCCCUUGCGCUGAUUUUUUAAAAAUAAAUCCAUAAUCCGCUACAUUUAACACAAUCUCACAGAAUAUUAUUAUUUUUAGACUAACAGUAAUUAUUAAUUAACAGGGUUAGAUAUGUAUAAUAUUGUAUAAUAUGCAUUUCAAAUAAUCGGAAUCAUUCAACUAUAUCGUUCAGCUAUCGUUAAUCGUACUUAUCAUUUAUCAUUUAUUUUAUCAUACAAAACCGCAAACAUGUAGUACAAAAAUAAAGAUAAUAAUUUGUUACUGAAAUGCUAAUUAUGUAAAAAAAAACCUAAUUUAUUUGAGUUGAUGAUAGCAGGACAAUAAAUAUUUUUUGAAAACAUCAUUAUUUACUCAAAAAGACGUACUAUCGUACCAUCGAGCUACGAUAAUAAACUAUAUAACCUUUAUAUUUAUUACAAUAUUACUUAACUCAUUUACAUACGAUAAAUAAAUAAAACGUCCUUAAAUACUGUACAUACUCAACAUACUCAAGUCUCAGGUAUAAACGGAUGUAAACACCCCGACUAUCAAACACUAAUCGAAAAUAUUUGUAUAAAUACACCUAAUUAACGAAAUUAUGUUUAUGUAUAACUAACUGAAAAAUAUAUUAAGUUAUAAUGUAUUGUGUUUAUUUUAUUCACAGAAAUGGAUUUAGGCCUGUAUCCGACCCAGCGAUAUCAAGACCGAUAUUCCUUCCACCUCAUUUUGGAUCAUUACAGUCGCCGUUGUUCAGUGGGCUCAAAGGUAAAACCGAAAAAAAUUAUUCGUUUAUUACUCGGCGAUAUCGAAAUACGAUUAAUAUAUAAGUUAACUCGAUUAUUUCUAAAUCCAACAGUAUUUAUUUAAUUAACAGUAAUAAAUGUAUGUAUUCAAUGUAUUUCAUUAUAAUAUAGGUAGUGGUUAAAGUAUUUCUAAGUAAAAUUAUCGGUUUCAUUUAGUUUAAGUUCGGGGACACUUUAUUUAUUGUCACUGGGAUAUUUUCAAUGCAAUUUUGAAAUCAGAAUCUGUUUUUAUUUUAUUUUUACUGAACAGGUAUAUGUACAGGAUAAUAUUUGAGGAGAGAAGGUAAAGUUUAUUUUGAAACCCUAUUAGUAAAAGAUUUUUAUGACCAAAUGUGAGUAAGAAAAAAACAUUUUCUGGGGUUCCUGACAUUUUUUUUGGAUAAAUUAGUUCUCAAGAACGCCUUCAAUUUUUAUAUUUCGACAAAUAUAAUCCCACUUCAGAGUUUUUCCCAUUUUAACUGCUGAUGAUAGGUGCCUAAUGAGAUGGAUGUAAUGAGUAGGUACUUAUAAUAAUUUUUAAAUAUUAUAGUUAUUGUAGUGUAAAUAAAUCGCGGUAAUGAUUUUUUAUUUAUUCAUUUUAACUAAAAAUCACGCAUGACAAGAGUGCAUAAUAGUAUUUGAUUUUAAAAUAUUAACCUAUUUUAUCUUCUGUACAUCUCCUGAAUAUUAUAAUAAGUACUUGUAUAAUACAAUAUUAUUAUUAAAUAUACGUAUAGUUACACACGCGUAGAGAUAAUAAAAACAAAUUAAAAAUUUAAAACUCGGUAUUAUUAUUAUUUUAGGGUAAUUAUUGUGUAUAAACUUUAUAAUACGGAUUAUAAAAUGCGUAUUAAACGGUAUAAUAUCUACGGUAGGUAGUAAUAUACCUAAUACCAAGGAAAAAAUGAAUAAUAAAUGAAACAAUAUUAUAAGUCAAUUUUCGUAAUAUGCAUAAUACACCGUAUAUAGGCAACUGGAAAGCUAUAGCAAAGCAUAACCGCAUGCCGAUUUCUAUACUACCAUACUUGAAAAACUUUAUUGAACUAACAUCUAUAUAUGUAUACGCUGAAUAUUUACAUUCGAUUAUAAAAACACUAUACAAUACACGUUUUAAGUGGAUUUAAUCUUGUAAUCGUGAUAAUGGAUCGCUAUAAACUAUACAAUAAUUUACUGCACAAUUCGAAAUAUAUAUUUCUACUAUAUUAUAAUACUUAUUUAAUCGAGUGUCAGUUGUUCUACAGAACUUUCCGAAAAUUAAAUUACGAACCUUACUUAGUCAUCGAAGCGAAUACUAUUUAUGCUACCUAGUAUAUAAUAAUGAAGAUAAAUUAUGAACCCCAUUCAAUUAUUAUUAUACCUACGUAAUAUUAUAACAUAAUACAGCUAUACAUUUUAUAUUAUAAUAUGCAUUUAUAUAAAUAUAUAUACUCGGAAAUUAAACUUGCACUACACACCAAAUAAGUAUAGCUCUGGAGAAAUUCCGAAGACGAUAUCUACAUAAUAUCCAAACUAUAGUUAUACGUAGGUAUUACGAUUGCAACUACUGUAGUAUAUACCUAAUACAACUAUACAAUGAAUAAAAUAAUAAAUUGGUGUUUAAAGAACGACAACUAUUUAAUACAUUUUUAUAGUAUAGUACAAAUUCAAUAUCGAAUGAACGGUUCCGGAUAAAAUAUUAUAUUUAAAUAUAUUUUUACAUAACCGAAUUUACCAUAUCAAUAGUGCAGUUGCCUGUUACGUAUAUAUAUAUAUAAACUGGAGGGAAAUAAAACAAAAUAUAAAAUCGAGAUGAAAAUAUAAUAAAUAUACGGUUUUGAAAAUGGAGAAAAUUAAAAGCAAUUUUAAAAUGUGUACUCAUAAGUAAUAGAUAUAUUCAAUUUAUAUAUUUUACAUACCUAUACCUACAGCGUAAUAAUAUAUAAAUCGGUCGCAAAAUGUUCUUUUCUAAAAUGUGAAAAGUUAUUAAUAUUGUUAAUUUAUUCUAAAAAUUCAAAUUUCUUUGAUUCUGAACUAUUAUGUGUAACUAUAUACAGUAGGUAAUAGUUUGAUUUGAAUGGAUUAAUAUUUACAUGCACGUGUAUACGCGAUUCACGUAUUCACGUUGAAUUUAAUAUGAAUUCACCAAUAGUCUAAAUAAAUAUAGUUUAUUUAAUAAGCUAUUCCAAAUAGGUAAAUACAUAAUAUUAUAUUAUACCUAUAGCGAAUGUAAAAUUCAUAAUAUUACAUUGAGUAGUUGUCAGUGGUUAUCGACCCCCAUGAUAUUUGACCUGCAGACAAAUACGCAUUAAUACAAACCUAACAAUAUAAUAUGGCACGAACCAUGAUAAAAUAUAUAUACGAAUAUGUGGACUUUUUUUGUAUUUUGAUGAAUCAUCACAAUUUCAAGACGACUUUUUCGAUUUAUCACCAAAAAAAAAAAAAACACUAAAAUUAAAACCCCUCUAAACCAGCAGUGGCAAUCGCAAUAGAAAAGUAGCUACAAUUUGGUGGGCAAUGUUGGGAAUGAAAAAGAGGAAAUGGUCCACAAACGGUUUGAUACAGAUUGACUGGUUUAAUCCGAUAUAAGGACAAAUUUCGCUACCGCCCGAAACGUCUAAAAUGUCUGAUUAAAUCGUAAUUGGAUUUGAUAUCCGGAAUAAAAAAAAAAUAAAAUAAAAAAUCUGUAACACAGACUCUGUUAAACCGGAUUAAACAGAUUUUGUCAGUUUGUUCAAUCGAUUUUUUUUAUAUAAUUGCAAAUUGCAGAUUGAUUCUGUUCAGUGUACUAUAUUUCGAUAUAGUAUAUAUUAGUAUACUACAGGUCACUGAAUCUAAAAAUUAAAAAAAAAGAAUUAUUAUGAACCGCGUGUUAAAAUAUGCGUAUUGAAAACAAAAUUAUAAUCAUCGCGGUAUAACCCGUUGGGUCUAUUCUCAGGCAAAGUGUUCCUCCAGAAGAAUAUAACGUAAUUGCAACAAACUUAAACAGUAAAGUAGUAAACAUAUUAUACACAAACACAGCCCACGGAGGAGGGGAGUUCACUUAGCCCCCUGCCUCGGCUAUGCCACCACCCACGGCAAACGUAUCUAUUCCGUACAUUCCUAAAUAUUCAUCUACUAAUGUAGCAGAUUUUUCAGCGAAUUGAUAAGAAUUUAGAAACACCUUUUUUUGUAAUACAUUUGAAUAUGCUGGUUAAUAAUUUUGACCAUGAUUAUUGUCUUAUAUCAACUGUUAACAUAAAUCAUUAAGUUCAUUAUUUAUAUUUAACUAAAGUGUUAAAUUUUUAAAAUAAAGUAAUUUACAUCUAAAGUACCUAUACUUAUAUAAACACAAUCUUUAUGAAUUAAUUGGAUUUUCACUUUGUAAAUAUUUGUAUGCUUUAAUACGUCUAACUUCUAAAAGAUUAAAAUGCACAAAAAACACAAUGAACUAGAAAGGUGAAUGAAUAAAAAGUUAAAUUAAUUAACUUUAUCGGAUAUUCAUAUAUCAGUGACUUUUAGGGCGAAAAAAUCCCUCUGGUUGUAAUAUAAUCAACCAGUCAAAAUAUAGUGGAUUACUGAUGAGGGAAUCCGAUUGACUAUACCUCCCCUCCAGUGGAUUUGCUAUCUGCUGUAAUUAGGAACAUCCAAAUCCAGCGGCUGACCAAUCUGAUGAAUUUAGGAACACACGGAUUAUUUGCAAUAUAUUUUUGUAUUAUCUAAAACUUGGCCGUGCUAAAAUUAUUUACGAUCGAAUAUCACUGGAGGAUUACCCCACACAUCCUUAACCUAUUCGACAUUUCAAAAUAAAAUUAUAUAUUACUUGCACAUGGAAUAAAUAAAAUUGAAUAAUGAGAUCCAAUUUUCAAUAAUGAAUCUCAGGGAUGGGUACCUCCUUAAAGUAUGAAAACAAUUAACAUAAACUUACGUAAUAAUGUAAUAUAAAUACGAUAAUAGCUUAUACAAUUAUGCAAUAGUAUAAUAGUAAUUACUUAUCUCAUAUCUGAGUACUAUUUGAGUAUGAUAUACAUUUAUUUUAUUUUGAUCAAAGUCUGGGGGUACUAAUUUUAGAUUUAGGGGUGCUAACCCCCUGUAGGUGCACCAAUGGUACAUUUACGUAAUGGAACCGCGGACGUACAGGUCGGAUAUUUUCGUAACUUUUCCGUGUCGAUUUUCUUCUGGCGUUUAUACCCGUUAAAAUUAUAUGCUCGAGAGUCGCAGUCUAAUGAAUAAAAAUUAUAUAUACAUAGCGGAAUAUUACAUAAACACGUACGUUUGUCAUAAUAAUUGGUUAAUAACGGCGGCGGCGAGUGCGUACCGUCACUGUCUUCAUCGUCUCGUAUAAUAUAAUGUAUGUGUGUGUGUGUGUAUACUUAUACCAUUACCCCGUGGUCGGGGUAGUUUGUCGCAGAGGUGCCGGUGGAGGUGGAGAUGGGUUUAUCGUGUUAGCCGUGGGCAUUCUUCCGUCGGUGAUGUGUGUGUGUGUGUGUGUGUGGCGGUAUCGGGGUGGAUCGGCGGACGGACAUCCCGGGGGGGCGAGUAUAUACCGCGCGGGACCGCGGGCACCUGGGGCUCUCCCGCGCUCCUACACGGCUCGCGUCACCGAACAGACGCCGCGCGACCCGCCGCCGCCGCAGCUAGUCCGCCGUCCCCGUUUCCGUAAUGGAAUAACUUUGGGAGAUUUAUCGUGCGGAGCGGCUUUCGGCGCCAAGUUUACGACGGGUAUACGUAUAUAAUAAUAAUAAUAAUAAUCUGUACGCGUCUAUGUGUGUGCCCACACGCGCGCGCGCGGGAUCGUUCGAAUAACACGUAUACACAUAUAAUAUUAUAUUAUAUAUACACACGCGUAUUAUAGGUAUAUACGCGUACGCCGCCUUGAGGACGGAGGAAGCGGCGGCCGCGGAAGAAGUCAAUGUGCGAGUGUUGUGCGCGCGCGCGUUAUAAUAAUCAAACGGAUCCCUUAAUAAAUAACGACGAAACGGGCACCGCGCGGGCGGCGGCGGCGGCGGCGCGCGUUAUUAAUGGAUCGAAUGAUAUGGGACGGUGCAGAGGCGUGCGCGGCCGAAGGGUAGAACAAGGGAUACUGUGUAUAAACGGCGGCGCGCGAGCUAAGGGCGCAGCGGCGGUGCAGGUGGUGUCUUUCGGCAUGGCGGCGCGCGGUGUACGGCUAAAUCAAUUUGCACCGACGACGCCUUUUCGCAAUAAUCAUAAUUGUUAUUAUAAUAUACGUAUACACGCAGCCGCGGAGGAGAAAUGCUCGCCAGACGAUCGAAUUUUUUAUUUAUUUUUUUUUCUGUUCACGUACCUACAGCCCAUCGCCAUCGUCGUCGUCGUCGACGCCGUGCCUUCGCGUCGACGGCGGCAGACACGUCAUUAAUUUACCGCGUGUCCGCAGGAAAAGGAUAAUAUUUGUGGUGUAUACAGUCGCGGUUGGCACGACCGAGCGAACGACGAGGGGAAGUAAAGGAUUAUGGAUAAUACAUAAUAAUAAUAUAAGUGUACGAGCAGAACGAUUUUUUUGUGAUUUUUUUUUUUUCGAUUCGCCCGCUCCUCCUAAUGAGAUUACGAACGACGCGAUAACGAGAACGUCAAACGUCGGCCACCGCCGCCACUCUUUUUUUUUUCUCGAUUAUUUAUUAUUAUAUUGUGGCACUGCUGUAUCCGCCUGAUCCGUAGUAUACCCUCAAACGCGCGGUUUUGUUGUAACAUUCGCUCGGGUUUCCUUUUUUUUUUUCUUUUUAAUAUAUAUUAUAUUAUAUAUCUCGAUUGAAUAACCGUACACGUGUAUUUGUACCGUGAGCGGACUCACAGUAAAUUAUGACAAUCCAAAAACGAUUCUUAGCCGAGCUCGGUAAACUGUCGUAUACCGCACUGUACAGUGUCCCAAAAAGAUAAUAUCUCCUGAGAUAAACAAAUCCCGUUUUUUUUUUUUGUUUUUUUUACAUAUUUCUCACUAGGAUAAAUAUUUAUGUUACAAUUGAUUUUUUUUAUGUUUCGGUAAAAAAACAAAUCAAAUUACUUUGUAUUUUAUUAUUUUUGAAAAAUUCGAAGUUAGCCUUCUAUAUAGAGUUUAUUCUUCUGAAAAUGUUGAAAAUAAUUUUUAAAAGUUGAGAGAAAAGAAUAAUGUUUACAGUCAAUAUUAAUCGUAACAAUAAUAAUCAAUUAGAGAAUGCAAUAAUAGCCGGCCGCAUAAUUAUAUAGGUACAUUUAUUGUCAGUUUUUUCUAAAAAAAAAAAAAAAAAAUAUUCGGGAAAAACUGUCGGGUUAUUUUUGUUUUUCGAAUAAAUCCGCAAUCUCUUUAUAAGCCAUAACUACGAUGUGAAUUAUAAUUCGAAGCGUGUUUUGUACAGACCCGAAAUAGGAUUUUCCGUAAAAAGCACGCAACAUAAUAUAAAACUAGCGAAACUAACAUUAAUAAGAUUCUCCGCUGCACUGCAGAAUCUAAUAUAAUGCACUUUAAUUUCUCGUUAUUAACUUUAAUUGUUAUUGUAUGGGUAAAUUGUACUACAACAAUUCUACGCGCGAACUACACGGCAUCUAUAUUACAAUAUGUUUAAUUAAUACCAGAGUAGGUAAUAACAAUGUGAUGUUUGCUAUUCGACAAAAAUAAUACAAUAAAAUACGCGGGUUUAAUAUUCAAACAAUACGAUAUUUAAUAAUAAUUAAUUCCAAGGUCAACAGUACAGGUAUGGGAUACUAGAGGCCACUGUCUACAAUAAUGAAAUCCGAGAAAUUAGUGUAUGAUCGUACGCACACGAUGGGCACUUCCGAAUGGCUCGUACUGUCGAUAGUUACGACGGAUUAUCCAAUAUAGUGCUUCGUUCGAAUAUUUUUUUCCACGACUGAAUGCUUUUCUUCGUAAAAACUAUUCGAACAGUUUAUUCCCUCAGUCACUGAUUGGGGGAAGGGGGGAUAGGGACGAUCACCCCGCCCCCGCUCAUAGCCCCUUGCAGUAUACUGAAUUUCAUCGUACGAUGUGUGUGCUUUAAAUUAAUUUUAAAAAUUGUCCACUCUCCCCCCUCCCGUUAUUAUCUUGUUCUGGAUCCGCCCCUGAUUUAUCCCGUAACCGAAUAAAAACUGUUAGAAAAGUUUUCUCCAUAACUGAAUAGCGUUAAACUGUAUAUACAUAGUGUUCAAUCUAUCGAAUAGUUCGACAAGUACUAUUCGGUUGCAUCCAUCAAUAAUCGUAUAUAUUAUGAUUCGCGUGCUUAUACUCGUAAUUUGAUAUGCUAAGAGAAUAUUUUAUUUCUCCUAAACAUAUUAUUAUUGACGUUGUCAAAUUCGGUAAAACCACGACACGCGUGUAGUGGUGCACGAUUUCUGUAGGGAAUUGAUUCGUCAAAGGAACGCGAAUUAAAUUAUCGACGAAAACUAUAUAAUAUUAACAUAAAUUAUGUGGUAUAUCGGAAACGAAAACGACGAUACAGACAAAUUACGCUCCGGCUGCGGGUUAAAUUAUUUUACAGUGUAUACUACAUCAUCAAAUCAGAUAUAAAAUUACCUGUGUGUCAAAAGUUAGUGUGGAUGGGUAAAACUUUAAGUGGUAUCCAAUGAUAAUAUACAUAUAUAUAUAAAAUAAGCGUAAUAUUAUACACUAUAAUAUACUCUUAUAUGAUAUAUACAUAUACGUAAUACAAGAAAAUCCGUUUUCGCGCACGGUUGUUCGGUAUAAGAGAAAAUCACUCGGGAUGUUUUUCAACCGUCCGCAGUGAAUACUGUACUACCGCGUAUCGGCAUUUCAGAGAAAUGUACAUACAUUAUCCAUUAUUUAAACAUCCGAUAGAAAGAAAAACAAACACGUCUAUAUAAUUUGCCAAAUUGGUUUUGGCUGCUUGCAAAUCAACAGGGAUAUUUCGGUACCGAUUUCGAUGUUCUAACGUCGCACGGACGCGUCGAAUUUCACCGGCAUUGCCAGCAGUGACAAGAUAUCAGAAAAAAGCGACAGAAACGAGACACCGGGUAGAAUAUCGGACCGUCCAACAAAAUCCUCCCCCCCACAACCAGGAUAUGAAUUACUUUGGCACACGAUUAAUGAAAGUAUACGACAGGAUUGUGAGACGCGGACUAUGAGUACGAGAAUGUGCAUGUGUCGAGUCAUUUAUCGGAAUGACCAAUGGUUACCAGUAAAAGGCACUAUAAAGAAGGAGGACGUUUUAGGAAAACCGUUAAAAUAUUUUCUAAUUAAGUUUGCUGAAUUCUAGGAGAAGAAUGAAAUUGAAAUACCACUGUUCGAAACGCAAAGAUUACCUGAAAAAUAUUGAUAUUGAUUUGAAAUUGUUGUAUAUCAUGCCAUGGGUAAGCCAAGUUCAUGGACGUGUAUAUUGUAUUUAUAGUGCAAGUGAUUUCGUGAUAUUGUAGGGAAAGAUAAAGAGAUUAAACGUCUUCUCUGACCACCGGUAUUUUAAAAUAUGUUUCACAUUAGCUUUGUCAUCGAAAUAUCAGUUCCAUAUUUUCGAUUUUUUUUUUUUUUAGUUAUUUUUUUUACCGUGCAGUAGGGAUCACGAUAUCAUCAAUAAUAAUAAAUAAAAUAAACUGACAUACUUCGCACUAUCGGGUGUGGCACUGUUGUAGGUGAGAAGCUAGGAAGGUAUAGUAUAUAUGAAUAGGGAAAUUUAAAUAAUAUCUGUAUACGCAACGAUAAACCAUCACUAAUUAAAAACGAUUCUGUGGAAAUUUCAGUUAAACUUAUUUUUUUUAUAAACUUAAAUUGAGAAUUGUCCAAGUAUGAAAAUUAAAAAUGUUAUUAAUUCGUAGCUACAAAAUACAAUAUUACAAUUGUCCGUCGUUUUUCGUCUCAAAUCAUGGUGUGUAAUUUUAUGAUGCCGUAAAAGUUGUAUUUACAUAAAUCAGAAAAGAGUACGCGAUUUGUAUUAAAAAUUUAAAGUUCAAAUUUGAAGAUUUUCAGCAAUUAAAUUCUGUUGCAGUUUCAAAAAUAGUUUUUCCGUCACGGUUUCAAUAAGGUUAUUUCGAACAAUAAGGAAUAUUCCCCGACCAUCUGUUUUCCGUUUUUACAAGGAGAGGCUUAUUUUGGUCUCGUAGUAAAGUUCACGUUUUCGUCAUUGGCGAGCUUGUAUUAUUAAUAUACAAAUAUAUAUUUAUAUACAUAUAUACGCAAAAUGGUUAAUAAGCCGUAAACAAGUAGAAAUUGUUUAAUUAACUAAAUAUCUUCUUACAUUAUCCACCCGAGUUACGACCGCAGCAGUGGCGGCGCUAUUUUAUUAUAAUGUUACCGAGGAAACAAAGAAUUAUACUUCGCGUUACCCCGUAAUAAAAUAACGAGAAAAUGUUUUAUUCAUAAUCGAGAGAGUCAUUUAUUUACAUUUUACUUUAGACGUUCCACAUAAAAGGUUUAAAAUGGUUCUCCGUUAUUAAAUUCGGAAUAAUUAAAAAAAUGUUCGUAAUUUAAACUGAAAUAUAUAUCUAAAGGAAACCAUUUUUUAUUAUAUACUAAACACUAUAUGUAUAUAUAUAUAUAUAUAUAUAUAUAUAUAUAUAUACAUAUACAUUAUACAUAUUAUAAUAUAUAGUCUCGUAUUACAUCUUCGUAGAUUUUUAAUGAAGUUAUAUUGAAUAAUAUUGUUGAUACACCAAGAACAAGACAAAAAUCCGAAUCAAUAAAAAUAUCAAGUCUUGACUGACAGCCUUUGGGUUGUAAUAUUUUUACGCCGCUGUAGUUUAUAGCGAAUUACAUUAUUUUCGUUAAGUUAAUUAUGAAAAACAAAAUGCGGUAUCAUUUUUAUUGAGAGUCAGAUUUCCGAAUCUUGGUUCGUCGUCACCGUCGCUACCGCUACCGCCGCGGUUAAAUUCAAACUAUACUAAUAUUUAUCGUUUAUAAAUUUACGUAAUAUUAUCGUUGUUACGGAUAUAAUAAAAUUGUGCGUUUUACCAAAAUUAAAAUUAUCGAAUUGCACAUGGGUGAACAAAGAAAAGAUAAUGGUCGAACGGAAAAAAAAAAAUUGAUUUGUGAUAUAAAUUUAACAAUUUCAAAAACGCUUUUUUACUAUACACCUGUGUACGAAAAAAAAACCUCAUUUUUUUUACCUACCAACAACGAUAAUUAAUUAACAAAAUUGUAAGUGAAGAGAGAAAAGGCCACUAGGAAAGGCCGUUGAGAAGAUCUUAUUAACUAUCAUGACUUUUCAAGUAUCCUAAGAGAAGAGCAAGAAAAUGUAGACAGUAAAAAGGUAGCAGUGAACAGAAAAGACUGGAUAAGGGUUUAUUUGACAGAAUGGUCUCAGCGGCUGAUAGAAGGGAUAAAAAAAAAUAUGGGACGGGUAAUUAGUAUUUUAAAAACUUUAAAAUCAAGUUUUUUUUCGAACAUUUUUAUUGAAAUACAUUUUUAUAUCUAUAUAAAGUGCAGUACGACCAUUACCAGUUUUCCACCUGAGUGCACAGUUCGACAGUUAACUUUUUUGUUUAACCCGAGUGCAACAAUUCGACCUUACCCGCGUUGUUACAGCUAUUCACUUCAGGAUUUUAACUAACUAUAUUAAAGCUGUGUUCAAAAUUAAUAAUCUUACUUGUUACAUUUUCUCACAUUGGGCAGGGGACGUUUUCAAUUACCUAACAUAUUUUCCAAGUGACUACUUGAGCGAUGCAACCAAUGCAAUGCGUAACUUUAACAAUCUAUUAAAACUUCGUUCGUAUAAAUACGUAUAUGAUACACGCCAUUCGAGCAAUGUAAAUUUUGACGUUCUCGUCAACUGUGCAAACAAAGUAUUAUUUACCGAGGAAAACUUAAACGUAAUAUUUUCACUUUUCCAUCGCGUCUACCGAUCCCCUACAGUAUACAAUACGUAUACAUAUAUUAUACUACUCGACUGAAAAUCCAUUACCGACAGUUGAUACCCGUUUGUUACGAGACGGGAAUUAUUGUCAUACUCCUUAAUUCAUAGACGUGACUAAGGUAAAAAUUAUGAGAGGGGGGAGGAGACUAUAGCCUAAAACAAAUUUGUUCGCUUAAAUUUGAAAAUACAAUAUUGUAAUCAUAAAAACAAAUACAAAUAAUUAUUAUAAACCUAGUCGUCUCACGCCCGGCGUUGCCCGUGCCAAUUUUUAUUAUUAUUAUUUUAUCCGUAGGUAUUCAUUUUAUUUUUGGUUUUGGCCGUGAAUGAAAACAAAUAGAUGAAAAGUGGGUAGUCUACCUUCGGCGGACUAAAUGUGUUCUAUUAUGAAAUUUUAAUAGUGUAAAUAAUAGUAAUAAUAAUUAUAAUAGUUUUUUUUUUUUUUCCGUAACACCAAGAUAAUCCUUGAAUAAACAAAAAUAAAUAAAUAAGCAAUUAGAUAUUCGUACCAAAUAUACCUAAAAAAAACCAUAGUUUACCUCCCCCCCCUUUUUAAGUCCCCUUUGAGUCUUUUCGAUAUUUUAAUAGUUAUUCUGCUAUUCGGGGCGGAAACGAAUCCAACAAAUCAGAGAUCUUCAAAAUCGGUCCAGCUUUAGAGUUAUAAAUGGUGUGACUAACCCGACUUUGUUUUAUUUAUAUAUAUAGUAUAUAGAAGAUAUUAAUAUAUCUAAGUAACUAUAUUCGUCGUAACUGAAAGGGGGGCUGUUUGGAAAACUGGACGAACUUAGCCCCCCAAGCCCCCUAGUUGCGCCUAUGCUCCUUAUACUAUUAUUAUUAUAACUUGCAGCACUAAUGCCGUAUGUACUCGUGUCCGCAGGGUUCGGGUGUAACUGUUGCACCAUGAAGCCGUUCGCAUCGAUGGCCGAGACCGGCGGCGCAGAGCAUCGCUCGUCCAGCGUGGCCGAGCUACGGCGCAAAGCACAGGAACACUCGGCCGCGCUGUUCCACAGCCUACAACACGUGGCCAACAUGCAGCAUCACGCGGCCGCGGCCGCCGCGCUUCAGUUGCCCGUCGGCCUCGGACUUCAGCUGCCGUCCCUAACGUCCACUCUUCACGCGCUGGCCGCCAACCGAAAACCGGAAUCGCAAAUGUCACAUCCGCAACCGCUGUCGCUGACCACAAACACCACGACCACAGCAGCCGCCACCUCUACGGCGGUGGACCAAUCCACCUCCACGAUGCUGUCAUUGCAACAACAGCCGCCGCCGGCGCAAUCGUCGUCCGAGUCCAACAACUAAAUCGCAAUAACCGUUCCUCGCGUCAUCGUCGUCUCGUCCCAUCCCCGGCGCAAUCGUACCGACAGUGCUCGUCAGAUUGAACUGAACCUAUAUCGCGCCCCAGUCGCCUUGUACAACUUUUCUAACACAAUUCAGUAAUACUAAUAUUGAGAAAAAAAAACCAAUCAAAAAUCACUCCGACUAAUUUUUUGCUUACAUAUGUAUUUGUUAUAUUUUUUAGUUUUUAAUUUUUAAUUUGUUUUAAUUCUUUCCAGUUUUCGUAAAAAAAAAAAGAUAAUGUUUAGAUUUUGGUUAAAUAAUUACUACCUAUAAAGCAAAGUAAGUAGUACUUAACUAUCACGCGGGGUAAAACGUGCAAUACACAAUAAUUAAUAACAAUGACAAUAAUUUUUAUUAAUUACCGAACGAGAAAAUAAUAUUCUAUAGAGCAAAAUUAAUACGAUUUAUCCGAGUGUGAUAUAGUAUUACGUGGUUUUUUUAAAAACAUCAUUAUUCGCAAAAGAGAGACAACGUACCUUCCCACCGUACCAAUAGAAAUAAUCAGUUAUAGAGCCGUCAAAAAUCAGUUACCCCUACAUCCCCUCCCCACCCUUAAUUCGAGCACUGUCAACUGACAUGCAAUAUUAUAAUAUUAUUAUGCGUAUGACUAUUGCAUCAAUUGCAUAUUAUUGCAAUAUUGUUCAUUAAGUAGGUACCUCCAACCUACUCGUAAUAUUACUAAUUAUUCGAUCGAUAAUAAUAUUAAUCGUAUUUUUAACCUUUUUUGGGUUUUUAUAUAGUUAUUUAUGAUUUUUUUUUUUUCGUUGGCCAUUAGUGUGUGAUAUUCGUCUGGUUUGUGUAUCUUUAUAAAUUUGUAUAGCUUUCGUUUUCCCAUUAUAAUAUUAUAUACAUAAUAAUUUAGCAUAUUAUUAUUAUUAUUAUUAUUAUUAUUAUUAGUAUUAUUAUUAUUAUUAUUAUUAUUACAAUAACAUACACACGUAGCGUUCGUUUAUACGAGUAGUAUUUACAUUAGAUAGGAUUAUUACGUAAAAGACAUGAUCAAAAAAUUUAAAAAAAAAAAAAAAAAAGAUAUAAUAAUAUUCAUAUGUAAUACCUUAUUGUGUAGUUCAAAUUGUUAUCUUUUUUUGUUAAGUGAUAACGUAUAGCAUGAUACGAAAUAAACUUAAUUCGUAAUAUUAAAUUAUGUCUAUAUAACAUGUAUGUCGCAUAACAAAAAAUCUAUAUAUUAUAAACCGUAUGGACACUGCAAU